AUGUUCCCUGAGGUUGCACUGAACCGCAUCUCUCCUGAGCUGCGCCCCUUGUUGUGCAGUGUUGUGCGGAAUGGUCGAGUGGGCCUUGACUCCACCAACUGCCUGCGCGUCACAGACCUUAAGACUGGGUAAGUUCUGCUCAAUGUCCGUUUGUGACCCUUUGAUAUGAAACUAUGUGGUGCAUUUCAAUAGUUUAAAGUGGUUUCUCUUCCUUAUAUCCUCUCAUUCAUGUGCACUAAUUUGAAAAAAAAUAUGAUAGGUGAAACAAUAUGGCGGAUGUGUGUUGUGAAUUCGCUUUUACCUGUCUAGUUCUGAUGAGGUAUGAUGUUAGCAAUAGAAACAUUAUCACCUGUAGCCCAACUGAUGCAGCAUAGUGGCUAUAAAUAAAUAGGCUGAAGCAUGGGGUUGCCCAUCUUUCAAAUAAAGUUUUGUUUGUCAAAUACACAUAUUUAGCAGAUGUUAUUGCGAGUGUAUUGAAGUGUUUGUGUACCUAGCUCCAACCGUGCAGUAGUAUCUAACAAUUCACAACAAUACACACAAAUCUAAAAGUAAAAGAAUGGAAUAAGAAAUAAAUAAAUAUUAAGAAGAGCAAUGUCGGAGUGGCAUUGACAAAAAUACAGUAUAAUACAGUAUAUACAUAUGAAAUGAGUAAAGCAUUAUGUAAACAUUAUUAAAGUGACCAGUGAUUCUAUGUACAUAGGGCAGCAGCCUCUAAGGUGCAGGGUUGAGUAACCAGGUGAUGGCUAUUUAACAGUCUGAUGGUGUUGAGAUAGAAGCUGUUUUUCAGUGUCUCAGUCCCAGCUUUGAUUCACCUGUACUGACCUCACCUUCUGGAUGAUAGCGUGGUGAACAGGCCGUGGCUCGGGUGGUUGAUGUCCUUGAUUAUGUUUUUGGCCUUCCUGUGACAUUGGGUGCUGUAGGUGUCCUGUAGGGCAGGCAGUGUGCGUUGGGCAGACCGCACCACCCUCUGGAGAGCCCUGCGGUUUCGGGCGGUGCAAUUGCCGUACCAGGCGGUGAUACAGCCCGACAUGAUGCUCUCAAUUGUGCAUCUGUAAGAGUUUGUGAGGGUCUUAGGGGCCAAGCUGAAUUUCUUCAGCCUCCUGAGGUUGAAGAGGCGCUGUUGUGCCUUCUUCACCACACUGUCUGUGUGGGUGGACCAUUUCAGAUUGUCAGUGACGUGUACACCGAGGAACUUGAAGCUUUUCACCUUCUCCACUGCGGUCCCGUCGAUGUGGAUGGGGGUGUGCUCCCUCUGCUGUCUCCUGAAGUCCACGAUCAGCUCCUUCGUUUUGUUGACGUUGAUGGAGAGGUUAUUUCUAUGGUACCACUCCGCCAGGGCCCUCACCUCCUCCCUGUAGGCUGUCUCAUCAUUGUUGGUAAUCAGGCUUACUACUGUUGUGUUGUCUGCAAACUUGGGUCUAGGGUGUCAGGUAAGGUGGAGGGGAUAUGAUCCUUAACUAGCCUCUCAAAGCACUUCAUGAUGGCAUAAGUGAGUGCUACGGGGCGAUAGUCAUUUAGUUCAGUUACCUUUGCUCUCUUGGGUACAGGAACAAUGGUGGACAUCUUGAAGCAAGUGGGGACAGCAGACUGGAAUAGGGAGAGAUUGAAUAUGUCCGUAAGAACACUCCAGCCAGCUUGUCUGCGCAUGCUCUGAGGACGCGGCUAGGGAUGCCGUCUGGGCCGGCAGCCUUGCAAGGGUUAACGCGCUUAAAUGUCUUACUGACGUCGGCCAUGGAGAACGAGAGCCCACAGUCCUUGGGAGCGGGCCUCAUCGGUGGCAUUGUAUUAUCCUCAAAGCAGGCGAAGAAGGUGUUUAGGUUGUCACGGAGCAAGACGUCGGUGUCCGCGACGUGGUUGGUUUUCCCUUUGUAAUCGGUGAUUGUCUGUAGACCCUGCCAUUCGGAAAGUAUACCCCAUGAUGACAAAUCAAAAACAUUAGAAAGUUUAGCAAAUGUAUUAAAAAUAACACACAGAAAUACCUUAUUUACAUAAGUAUUCAGACCCUUUGCUAUGAGACACAAUUGAGCUCAGGUGCAUCCUGUUUCCAUUGAUUAUCCUUGAGAUGUUUCUACAACUUGAUUGGAGUCCACCUGUGGUAAAUGUAAUUGAUUGGACAUGAUUUGGAAAGACAUACACCUGUCUAUGUAAGAUUCCACAGUUGACAGUGCAUGUCAGAGCAUAAACCAAGCCAUGAUGUCGAAGGAAUUGUCCGUAGAGCUCCGAGACAGGAUUGUGUCGAGCCACAGAUCUUGGCCACAGAUCCAAAAAUUUCUGCAGCAUUGAAGGUCCCCAAGAACACAGUGGCCUCCAUCAUUCUUAAAUGGAAGAAGUUUGGAAAAACCAAGACUCUUCCUAGAGGUGGCCGACUGUCCAAACUGAGAAGUCGGGGGAGAAGGGCCUUGGUCAGUGAGGUGACUAAGAAACCGAUGGUCACUCUGACAGAGCUCCAGAGUUCCUCUGUGGAGAUGGGAGAACCUUCCAGAAGGACAACCAUCUCUGCAGCACUCCACCAAUCAGGCCUUUAUGGUAGAGUGGCCAGACGGAAGCCACUCCUCAGUAAAAGGCACAUGACAGCCCGCUUGGAGUUUGCCAAAAGGCACCUAAAGAACUCUCAGACCAUGAGCAACAAGAUUCUCUGGUCUGAUGAAACCAAGAUUGAACUCUUUGGCCUGAAUGCCAAGCGUCACGUCUGGAGGAAACCUGGCACCAUCCCUACGGUGAAGCAUGGUGGUGGCAGCAUCAUGCUGUGGGAUGUUUUUCAGCAGCAGGGACUGGGAGACUAGUCAGGAUCGAGGAAAAGAUGAACGGAGAGAAGUACAGCGAGAUCCUUGAUGAAAACCUGCUCCAGAGUGCUCAGGACCUCAGACUGGGGGUGAAGGUUCACCUUCCAACAGGACAACGACCCUAAGCACACAGCCAAGACAACGCAGGAGUGGCUUCGGGACAAGUCUGUGAAUGUCCUUGACUGGCCCAGCCAAGCCUGGACUUUAACCCGAUCGAACAUCUCAGGAGAGACCUGAAAUAGCUGUGCAGCGACGCUCCCCGUCCAACCAGACAAAGCUUGAGGAUAUGCAGAGAAGAAUGGGAGAAACUCCCCAAAUACAGGUGUGCCAAGCUUGUAGCGUCAUACCUAAAGAAGACUCGAGGCUGUAAUCGCUGCCAAAGGUGCUUCAACAAAGUACUGAGUAAAGGAUCUGAAUGCUUAUGUAAAUGUGAUAUUUCAUUUUUGCAUUUUUUAUAAAUUAGCAAACAUUUCAAAACAUGUUUUUCCUUUUUCAUUAUGGGGUAUUGUGUGUUGAUUGAUGAGGGUAAAAAACAAACAUUUUAAUCUAUUUUAGAAUAAGGCUGUAAUGUAACAAAUGGAGAAAGUCAAGGGGUCUGAAUACUUGCCGACUGCACUGUACGUCUCGUGUCUGUUUUACGGCCCCCUAACCAAUUGUGCUAUUAUGGCCGUGUGGUUCCAGGAUAACAACCUCUCCCUCAACGUGAUCAAGACAAAGGAGAUGAUUGUGGACUACAGGAAAAAAAGAGGACUGAGCACGUCCCCUUUCUCAUCGAUGGGGCUGUAGUGGAACAGGUUGAGAGUUUCAAGUUCCUUGGUGUCCACAUCACCAACAAACUAUCAUUGUCCAAAUACACCAAGACAGUCAUGAAGAGGGCACGACAAAGCCUAUUUCCCUUCAGGAGGCUGUAAAGAUUUGGCAUGGGUCCCCAGAUCCUCAAGAAGUUCUACAGCUGCACCAUCGAGAGCUUCCUGACUGGUUGCAUCACCGCUUGGUAUGACAACUGCUCGGACUCCGACCGCAAGGCACUACAGAGGGUAGUGCGUACGGCUCAGUACCUCACUGGGGCCAAGCUUCCUGCCAUCCAGGACCUCUAUACCAGGCUGUGUCAGAGGAAGCCCCUAAAAAUGGUCAAAGACUCCAGCCAUCCUAGUCAUAGACUGUUCUCUCUGCUACCGCACGGCAAGCGGUACUGGAGCGCCAUUUCUAGGUCCAAAAUACUUCUUAACAGCUUCUAACCCCAAGCCAUAAGACUCCUGAACAGCUAAUCAUGGCUACCCGGACUAUUUGCAUUGUCCCCCACCACACCCCCUCUUUUACACUGGGAGGGCGGGGGAGGGCCUUGUAGCCAUCCCGGAAGGGGGGGGUAACAAUGGUCGAGAGUUUUUGAAGCGCAAGUUCUACAGUCAAUGUGUUGAUAGAACUUCGGGAGUGUUUUCCUCAAAUUUGCCAUUAUAAAAUCCCCUGCUACAAUAAAUGCUUCCUCAGAAUAUGUGGUUUCCAGUUUGCUCGAAGUCCAGUGUAGUUCUUUGAGGGAUCUCGUGGUAUCGGCUUGAGAGGGAAUAUACACGGCUGUGACUUUAACCCUAUUGGGCUAAUCAUUAGCUAGUUUCCAAAUGUGAUCUUUUAACUAGUUAGCAUCCUAUUGAUACAUUUUAUGACCCCCCCCCCCCCCCCCCCCCCCCCCCCCCCCCCUCCAACACUUUACCUGGUUGCCACUACUCUUGCUCAACUAUACAUUUAAUCUGUCUCAUCACAAUUUUUUAAGUCACUCCCCAAACAUUAUUUUGGGUGGUGUUUUACUGCAAGUUAUGCUACAAUUGACCCGUGUUACAUUAAUCCCCACUCUCCCCUAUGCGCUCACAGCGAAUUGCGGAGUGGUAACGUUAACCAUGCUGUUGCUAUAAACUCAGGGUUUAAAAUGGUGCUGUUCGUACAUAUUCAGGAGUUGAGAAAUAUAGAAAGUAGUAAUGGAAAGCUGGGAUCCCCCUCUUAACAAAGGCCAUUAAAACUGCUGUUUUCCCCGCAAAUGCAAGAAAUGUUGUGCAUUGACAGCUUGUCAGAAUGCAUGUUUCCCUCCCUGUGGCAAUCGUAACUUUAAUGCGCCUCGAGAAAUAUUUAUCUUGCUUAUAACACACUAAGCUGAGUAGGUAAAUAAAUAAAUUAACUUUUUUAUAUUUAUUACUAGUUUUGUUUGCAGAGGAAAAGUAAAUGUGGACGGUUCUAGCAUUUUCAAUGUGCGCCUCGGCAGAAAUGUUGUUUCAUGUUCCAAAGUUUUUUGCCGUGGCAGCAAUGACUUUGCAAUGGCGCAGCGCAAGAGCUAAAUGACUGCACCGGAAACACUGGUACAGUACAGCACAGCAUAGAACAGUAGAGUACAAUAUAGUACAUUAUAGUGUACUCAACUCUAGUGUACACUGUACAGAAAUUAGCAGGUAGCCUAGCGGUUAAGAGCGUUGGGCCAGUAACUGAAAGGUCGCUGGUUUGAAUCCCCGAGCUGGCAAGGUUGAAAAAUCUGCCGUUCUGCCCUUGAAAGGCAGUUAACCCCCAACAACAUCUGCUCCCCGGGCGCCGAUGACGUGGACCUCGAUUAAGGCAGCCCCCCGCAGAAAUCAAAGCCUUUGCUUAGGCCUAUUCCACAUUUUUAGGAUGGAAAAUGGAUGAAACAUGCCUUUAAUGUCUAAAAAAUAUAGACUAUUUGCUUUCAUUUGACACCCAAUUUGACAUCUCUUUCCCCAUCUCUUCAGAUGCACAUCUCUGACUCCAGGGCCCUGUUGUGAUCGAUUCAAGCUGCACAUCCCCUACGCUGGAGAAACCUUGAAAUGUAAGCAGAGCUCCCACCAUCUAGCUUAUUCUCCCCUAUUUGUCUCCUUUCACACGCGUUUGUUUCAUUUGUGCCAUGAACAUCUAGACCAGGCCAGGGCUGGUUGGCUCUGUUGUUAAGAUCAUAGUUGCAUCCCAAAUGGCACCGCAUUCCCUAUAUAGUGCACUCCAAAGUAGUGCACUCAAUAGGGAGUAGGGUGCCAUUUGGGACGCGGUCCAUGUGUAUAGAGAGAGCCGAUCCUGAUUUAUGUUGUUAGGGGCAGAAAUAUAUUAGUAAUCCAGUGUGAUAGAUGGGCCCUAAAUCAGCUCAUGAUUUUAGCUUCUAGUUUUCUUUUUGAGGAAGUUAUACAGCAGUUGGUGUAAACAUCAAUAUAAUCAGCAAACUGUCACUUGGUUGGGGACAGAUUUACUGAUCAGCUGUGCUUCUUUGCAAACGGAUAACUUGCACAGAUGCUGAAGAAAGAUUUAAAUCAAUAUGGAUUUUUAAUGGAAGAAACAAUCUCAUGUUUUUUUUUUAUGCCAUAUCCCCUGUCUACGCUAACAUUUGAAAGCCUAAAUCUUCCUGAACAGCUUUGCCUUUGGAUCAUAUGCUUUCAAAUGAGACCAGGUGGAGUUGUCUCUGAUGCAGAGCUGCUGCCAAUACACACUAUUGUUUUGUAAUAGAAAUAUUGUAAUAUUGUUUGUAAUUAAAUCUUGAUCAGUAGGCUAUUAUUUGAUGUGGCAUGGUUUAUCUUCAGUUAAUAUUAUAGGGAAUAUUGUUUUUUUGCUGGGUUGGAAGGGUUUGGCAUUAAUUAAAAUGGACAUUGUAAUUAGUUAUUUAAGUGAUAAUGCCCUCAAAGCCGGUGUUUGGAGGAUAUAUUGGCACAGGUGUUGUCGAGGGCCGGCAAACCGUGCCAAUAUAUCCUCCAAACACCGGCUUCUAGGGCAUUAUCACUUGAAUAACUCAUUACAAUGAGUUUUCCUUAUGAGGUUGGCUCCAAAAAUGCCUCCAUGCACCCACAAGAUGUUUUGAAAUGAUUAUAUCUUUGGUGGGAAUGAUUGUAAUUGGGUGUUCCUGGAAUGGCCGUGAGUCAUGAGACACACACACACACACACACACACACACACACACACACACACACACACACACACAAAUGAUAAUAUAUUGUUAUUAGCCCAGGAAUAGGUUGUAAAACCAAGAAGAAGGUUUUUGUGUUUGGCAUAUGUGAAUAAAGAGGUUAUAUAGCCUACAACACAAAUAGCCACAAGAGGUAGGCCCCACAGCUCAAAAGCAAAACUGUAGGGAAAAACUGUAGGGAAGUAUAGACUAUUAUUCUCUACCUUUCUGCAGGUCAAUGGGUGCAAAAACAACAGGAGUUAUUGAGGCAAAUUGUUUCCUGGUUUUGAUUUUGCAACGACCAAUUCUCCCUGGGCUGCGUCAUUCCAACAGAUGCUUAACCAUUUUGCAGAGACUUUGGCAAACGAUUUAAAUAUGUAAGAUCAUGACUGAGUAAAAUGCAAAUACUGAAUCAGUCCGUAUGGGACUGUGCCACUGAAUGUGAUUCCAUUUGGCUGGUGCAGGCUAUUCUGUGCCCUUUAGCACACAAUGGCAUAUAGCCCUCAAACUCAACUCUGGACCUCAAAGCCAGUUCCACUGCUUUUUGUCAUUGUACGCCUCUAAUCAGGGACUGAUUUAGACCUGGGACACCAGGUGGGUGCAAUUAAUUAUCAGGGAAAACAGAAAACCAGCAGGCUCCGGACCUCGUAGGGUAAGAGUUGAAUACCCCUGGCAUACACUUUUUUAUUUUUUUUAUUCAGUAAGGACACUGCAGUAAGACUGGAUAUGGGUAGGCUACUUCCCUUUCCUCAAAAUCCUGGAUCAUCAGUGUUCUCCCCCUCAUAAAACUCUGAAAUAAAAUUAGUCUACUGUUGGAUGAAUACAAAAGGGUUUGACAAGGUAAAAAUCUGUCGUUCUGCCCCUGAGCAAGGCAGUUAACCCACUGUUCCCCGGUCGCCAAAGACGUGGAUGUCGAUUAAGGCAGCCCCCCGCACCUCUCUGAAUCUAAGGGGUUGGGUUAAAUGCGGAAGACACAUUUCAGUUGAAUGCAUUCAGUGGUACAACUAACUAGGUAUCUCCCUUUCUCUUUAAAAUAUAUAGUAAAUAUCCCAAUGUAUUUUUCUUUACUAAGCCUACUUCUGAUUCUGUUCAUUGUCUUUUUAAUAAGCCCACAUUUAAAUAGGCAUCCAUACACCUUUUUCUAUGUCUUUUUUCAUCGUUUCAGUAUUUAAUCCAAGGUCAAGUUUAUUUGUGUGCAAAUAAGUUAAUAGAUUGUCCGAGUAAUGUACCCUUAAUAAUUUCCAAAAGUGCCUAUAAUCACAUAAAAUAAACUCAGAAAAAAAAGAAACGUCCUCACACUGUCAACUGAGACAAACUGAACAAGUUCCUCAGACAUGUGACUAACAGAAAUUGAAUAAUGUGUCUCUGAAGAAAGGGGGGGUCAAAAUCAAAAGUAACAGUCAGUAUCUGGUGUGGCCACCAGCAGCAUUAAGUACUGCAGUACUCCUCAUGGACUGCACCAGAUUUGCCAGUUCUUGAUGUUAGAUGUUACCCCACUCUUCCACCAAGGCACCUGCAAGUUCCCGGACAUUUCUGGGGGGAAUGGCCCUAGCCCUCACCCUCCGAUUCAACAGGUCCCAGACGUGCUCAAUGGGAUUGAGAUCAGGCCUCUUCGCUGGCCAAGGCAGAACACCAACAUUUCUGACUUGCAGGAAAUCACGCACAGAACGAGCAGUAUGGCUGGUGGCAUUGUCAUGCUGGAGGGUCAUGUCAGGAUGAGCCUGCAGGAAGGGUUCCACAUGAGGGAGGAGGAUGUCUUCCCCGUAACGCACAGCAUUGAGAUUGCCUGCAAUGACAACGAGCUCAGUCCGAUGAUGCUGUGACACACCGCCCCAGACCAUGACAGGCCUCGGUGUAACGCUCAUUCCUUCGAUGAUAAACGCAAAUCCCUUCCAUCAACACUGGUGAGACAAAACCGCGACUCGUCAGUGAAGAGCCCUUUUUGCCAGUCCUGUCUGGUCCAGCGACGGUGGGUUUGUGCCCAUAGGCGACGUUGUUGCCGGUGAUGUCUGGUGAGGACCUUACAACAGGCCUACAAGCCCUCAGUCUCUCUCAGCCUAUUGCGGACAGUCUGAGCACUGAUGGAGGGAUUGUGCGUUCCUGGUGUAACCCGGGCGGUUGUUGUUCCUGUACCUGUCCCGCAGGUGUGAUGUUCGGAUGUACCGAUCCUGUGCAGGUGUUGUUACACGUGGUCUGCCACUGCGAGGACGAUCCGCUGUCCGUCCUGUCUCCCUGUAGCGCUGUCUUAGGCGUCUCACAGUAUGGACAUUGCAAUUUAUUGCCCUGGCCACAUCUGCAGUCCUCAUGCCUCCUUGCAGCAUGCCUAAGGCAUGUUCACGCAGAUGAGCAGGGACCCUGGGCAUCUUUCUUUUGGUGUUUUUCAGAGUCAGUAAAAAGGCCUCUUUUAGUGUCCUAAGUUAUCAUAACUGUGACCUUAAUUGCCUACCGUCUGUAAGUUGUUAGUGUCUUAACGACCGUUCCACAGGUGCAUGUUCAUUUAAUUGUUUAUGGUUCAUUGAACAAGCAUGGGAAACGAGUGUUUAAACCUGUGAAGUUAUUUGAAUUUCAAAAACGAAUAAUCUUUGAAAGACAGGGUCCUGAAAAAGGGACGUUUCUUUUUUUGCUGAGUUUAUAUGGAGAGAACUUUUCAGACCCAGUUCCUGGCAGUUUGGCAGCACUGUUUUAUUGCUUGAUGUUUUCCUUUUCUUUUGCCUGAGGAAGAGCGUUUGUUUUGUCCAGGAUGCAAGGCCUUGGGGUCCUUGCCAGUGUCUGGACCUGCCUGCCGAUAGCGUGCAAGAUCGUGGUGGCACUCCACACAACGGACGACACAAACUGUGCCCAUUAAAGCAUGUUCUUUCCAGAGCCUCACCAACAUUGCUGGCAGAAUGUGUGAUUUGUGGAGAUUAGGAUUUUCAGACCACAAUAACUUUAACACCUGUGAAAAUGGGCGGUGUUACCCUGGCGCACAAAGUGCGUGUGUGUAUCACUCUGCAUAAUAGUAACACACUCACCACCCUGCUUCCUGUGUGUGUGUGUGUGUGUGUGUGUGUGUGUGUGUGUGUGUGUGUGUUGCUCUCCAUACAUAGCAUAGUCCUACUUGUACAGCAUUGGAGGCUGCUGAGGGGAGGAAGGCUCAUAAUAAUGGCUGGAAUGGAGUCAAUGGAAUGGUAUCAAAAACAUCAACGAUGUGGUUUCCAUGUGAUUGAUACCGUUCCAUGGACUCCAUUCCAGCCAUUAUUAUGAGCCAUCCUCCCCUCAGCAGCUUCCACUGUUGUACAGGUGGUCCAGUGCAAAUUGCUGACCCCCCCAGGAAUGGUGUGUGUGCCAGUAUAUUGGACUAAUAAUAUUUUUUGAAUGGCUUCCAGACAUUAUGUGACAGAUUUAUGGCAAAUCCCCUCCUCCCGUUUGACACCUCUCCUGUCUGGAAAAAUACUGCCAUGUGUGUAUGUUUCUCUUCUUCCUCUCUGGCAAAAAAACAGGAAAAAUGAGAAAUAAAACACCCUGCGCUGAAGGAAAUAGAAUUGUGUAACAUCAGAACAUUCUGAACUACCCUUGAGUUAAAGGGAUAGUUUGGUAUUUUGGCAAUGAGGCUCUUUAUCUACCUCCCCAGAGUCAGAUUAACUUGUGGAUGGAGUCUCUCAGUUCAGAUUGAAGGAAGUUUCCCGCUAGCGUUAGUUCAUUUGCUAAAUAGGGUUAGUGCAAUGACUGGAAAUCUAUGGGAAUAGCUAGCUGUGUCUAUAGACUUCCAGUAAUUGCGCUAACGCUAGUUAGCAUUGGCUCGCGAAACUACCUCUAACUUCCUUAAUACUGGACGCAGCUACAUAAAAGUAGAGUAAGGACUUUAGUUGUGCUCCGUAUGAUAUUAUACUCUGCUCAGCUCACUGACAAACUGAUGUGAGAAUCGCUCAGGUUGUUGAAAGAACAUUGGUGCAGUAACAUUAGGAUAUCAGGGCCUGCGUCAGUAGAGCAAAGUAUUAUUGAUGAAUGGAAUGUUAGGCGCAAGUGUAUAAAAGUGUGUAUUCUUAUUUUAAAUGUAUGUAUCUCUGUCCUUGAGUUGAUACCUAAGUAUCUACUGUUAUGUGUGUGACUGGCAGACGCUGCUGGGUAUGAAUGUGGUGUAGGGGAAUGAAGGUGGAAAUGUAAGACACGUUGCUGAGGUGGAAACCAUUAAGUUGAAACUUUAGAGGGAGGAAACUCCACACGAUUUAAGGUUGCUGAGUUCACGUAUGUAAACUCUGAUCACGCUGGCUGAGGUGAAAGCUUCAGCGGAAGCCAAGGACCUUAGGUAAAACUCCCAUCUGAUUCUGGUUCAUUUUAUAUGAGCAGGAGCGUAACAACGCCAUCUGAUUCACGUGCACCUUGUUUAUUUUAUGAGCAGGUCCAAAGCCUAGCACAAUACCUCAGAUAACCCUUCAUGGGUGGUAGACUACAAGCCGUUACACUAUACCUCAGCUAACCCGUUAAGGGCGAAAGACCGUAACAAGGCUCAAGAUUCAAGGCCUGGUUAUUUAUGCAUGUUCAUGAAUGUUGCAUUUUACCUAAUGAAACAAACCCAUAGCGGGUGGUAACUGUAAUAAAAUACCUUCAAGUUUAAGAGAUUACAUGUUUCCCCAGGAAACCCAUUGCGGGUCGUAAUUGUAAAAAGUCUAUACUUUAACCCAGGAUAACCGUUUCGGGCAGUAACUAUAAGAAACAAGGUAGCUUUAUUCACGUCAGGGGAAUUUACCGAAAAGUCAGCCUACAGAUGUCAGAUCUUGAUAUGACCCGUUUUGUCACAGGAGCAAAGUAAUCCUGCAGCAGUAGGAUUUGAAUGUCUAUUUAAUAUUUUGAAUCGACGCCAGGGGGCAGCUGGAAGCGGUGUUUGUAGGCUAUACAAUAAUUUAGACUGCAGGUCCACUGGGCAUCAGUUCAAGUAGCCUAUGUAGGCUAUGUGCAGGCUACAGUGUGUAUUGUGUGAGUUCUUAUGUGGAUUAUAAUAAAUGGACAAUAUUUGUAAGGGGUAGAUGUAUUUUUUUUAAUGGAAAAUUGUUUUAUUAUAUGUUCAAGCCAAGCAAUAGGCUAACUACAUUCAUGGCUACCUCAGUGCGGUCCAGUGGGUACAGCUGCUGACAACAGCGCACAUAAGAUAGAGUAGGCAUGAGUUUGAAUGCGGUCCACUAAUGCCCUUUGAAUUUUUGGAGGGACUAGUACUUUUCUAGUUACUUUCUUCAGCCCACAGAGAGUAACUUACUUUUUACUCUGUUACAUUUUACCAAAUCACUUAAGUUACAUAGUUUAUUAUUAUUAUUAUACUGAACAGAAAUAUGAAUGCAACAUGCAAGAAUUUCAAAAUGUGUACUGAGUUACAGUUCAUAUAAGGAAAUCAGUCAACUGAAAUAAAUUCAAUAGGCCCUAAUCUAUGGAUUUCACAUGACAAGGCAGGGUUGCAGCCAUGGGUGGGCAUUGGAUGGCAUAGACACGCAUUGGGCUUAUUUUCGCGAGAGUGAGCCCUCUCGCUCUGCCUCUUCCUUUCUGCCUGUCCUGCUUGCAACCAAUGUCUUUCAAGAUAUGUUCGCCCUCUGGCUGGUAUUGUCAUCAGAAUAUUUUUUUUACAGACUAAGGGUGAUUUUAGCGAUUUUACAAACAUUCUGUACAACAAAAAUAAAGUAUUUCCUCGUUUACCAUGGCACAUCUACUGUGGCAAUUUAUCCGACGCUUUGUAUGAAUGUUAACUAAUGUUGGUGAACUGUUAUUUUAUUUGGUUACUAUUUAUGUUACCCAAAAGUAUAUGCUAUGGUCAUUUAUUAUCAACAAAAAUAAGAAAUGACCCUGUCCAUAUUUCAAAUGUCUAACUACAUCAAGUAAAUCUGGAGAUUGCAUUAUUUGUGCCAGAAGGGCUUGGGCCGGAAUCGAACCCACGCCAACACGGUAGGCCAAAUGUGCGCCCUGAAGGCAGUGGCCCUAACCACUAGAUCACAAUUGAACUACAUUUUGACAGUUCAUUCGUAACCUUAGGAUACACUAGACACUUUUAUGUUGUAGCCUAGUUGAGACCAAUAACAAUAUUGUGUUAAUUAAGCUAUAUAAAAUUACAGUUGUUGAUAUGGGUGGCUGAAUUUCAGAUACAUUUUUGUACAUUUGAAUAUUGCAGUAAUAGGACAUGGGCCUAUAGCGGUUGAGCAAGAGGGAACAUUAUUUUAAGAUGGCAAGCCCUUAUCCCAAUGACUCGACUGCCCAUGAAUGGAGAGGAGAACUGCUAAUGUUUUGCCAAUCACAAGGCUCAUUUGAAUUAACUAAAUGCAUCAGGAAAACCAUCUGCAACAAAAGAGUGAUUAAGUUAAGAUCCGAUAUUUGUAUUUGCAACACACCUCCAUUUUCGUGUUGCACAAGUUUUUCUAACUAAUGGGUGAGUUUUUAAAAUGUUUUCUCUAAAUAAACAAUGUUGUACAAUUUAAAGGACAAAUAUGCUGCAUUUCAAAUAGUCAGCAAUAAUCUAAUUAAUUCAGGGCUUGUGAAAUUAUACCUAGGCUAAAUAUAAGCCUUCCACAACCACUAAUAAUGUAAUUAUUUUAUCAAAAUAGUUUAACCUGAUUUUUUUUGUUGGAUAAUAAUCACUGAUCUGGCUUUUCAGGCUGUCUAUAAAAAAGCCCUUUUUGUUACAAAUUUAUUCAGAACCAUGCAUAAUGUACAUUCACUAAUAAUUACUAACUUACGGUAGCAGGCAUUAUAGAAAAUUAACACAGGUCUCAUAAACAAUCUCUCAAGCACAAGCCCAGGUGCUAGUGAGUAGCCAGCUGAUCUUUCUAUUUCAAUUUUAGCCAACAUGGAUCUAUUUGCUAGUUAACAAGGCAGAACAGUUGAAUUGUUAUGAACACACCCUUCUGUCCAUCUCCAACUGUUUAAACAGCAUGCUAGCCUGUCCACUUUGUUCAGAUGUUGAAAUCAAGUGGCCUACAUUUUGGUUAUUUUUCUGUUUUUAAACAACUAAUUGACCAAUAUCAGUUCAAAUAUUUGAAUUCCAUUUAGUUUUUUUCUGAGCUCAAAGCGCAUUUUCUCUAGAGAUAAAUCAGAUCAAGCCCGACUGUGCAAUAUAGUAGGGAGUUGUAGUUUACAACAGGCCAAUAUUUUACGUAGUUAAUUGCAGAAAACGUGGUAAUGAACUACAAUGGCCUUAAUUCAUUGCGCGUCUACAUCUCCGGUCUGUGUGCGAGACCGAGAGAAGAACGAGCAAUCCAGAGGGACAGAGCUUCGCGAGGUAUUUCCACCUGAAAAUACAUGAUCUAAGUCAGGGGUUCCCAAUCUGUGGGGGGAGGCGCGCGGCUUUAAACUUACUCUUGAAAGUUGUAAUAGUAGAAUACACAAAAGUGCAAUUUUGCAAUUGGGUAGUGCAUCAUCAGUUCCUCUUGUCAUGAUAGUGAUUGCAUACCUUACAGAGCUAUUUAUAACUUGUCAGAAAUGUUCAGAUCAACUAGCCCAUGUCAGCUAACAUUAUUUUAUUUAGGUUUUUAGCCCAUAGAUAUUGUUGUCAUUUUUUUGUCACUCAAAUAUCACAUGAAUACACAUUAGACGUGUAGAAUUGCAGGAAAUAAGCUUUAAGCCUGCAAAAUUCUCUCAACCAACAAGAGGGGUGUGAACAGUUUGUGUCAUGAACAGUGCUUGUACCAAUAGAAAUAGACUGGGGGGGGCGGGAUGUUCCCCAAUGCUGGAAGGGGGGCCCCGAGUGAAAAAGUUUGACUGAUAGUUGGUAUUGAGCAGUCAUAAAAAGUAUGCCUUAUUUACUUUGAAGAACUACUGAAAUAGUGAUUUUGUCAGACAGCAUAGGCAGCAGCUCUAUAGAGAUGAGAUGAUGACUUGGAAUAAAAUAAAGCCAUCAAAUAAAACAAAUGUAAUAUACACAACUGAAAUAUUUUAUUAAAGUAAUGUAAAUAAAUGAUUGUUAAUAAGUGAUAAGAAGUAAUGGGCAGUCACCACCAUCAUGGGACUUGUAUACAUUUUUUGUAUUCUGUGUUGUUACAGCAUUAAACCCACAUUAUGCGUAGUGCAUUUCAUGUCUAAAAAUAUAAUCAAAACCAAAAUUGAAAAUCGUGAUUAUUUUUUAAUAAUCGAACCAACCUCGAAAAGGACUAAUCCCUCAGCAAUAAUGAUACCAAAACGAUACACAACAAAAACAAUAAUAAAUACAGUGUAUUCAGAAACUAUUCACAUCCCUUUGAUAUUUUUCCACAUUUUGUUGUGUUACAGCCUUAAUUUAAAAUUGAUUAAAUUGAGAUUAUUUGUCACUGGCCUACACACAAUACCCCAUAAUGUCAAAGUGGAAUUAUGUUUUUUCAAAACGUUUAAAAACUAAUAAAAAAAAUUAAACGGAAAUGUAUUUUGAGUCCGUAUUCAACCCCUUUGUUAUGUCAAGCCUAAAUAAUUAGAGGAGUCAAAAGUUGCUUAACAAGUCACAAGUUGUAUAGUGUUUAACAUUAGUUUUUUUUAAUGACUACCUCAUCUCUAUACCCCACACAUACAAUUACAGUGCAUUCGGAAAGUAUUAAGACCCCUUCCCUUUUUCCACAUUUUGUUACGUUACAGCCUUAUUCUAAACUGGAAUAAAUAAAAAUGUUUCCUCGUCAAUCUACACACAAUACCCCAUAAUGACUAAGUUUUUUUAAAAUAUAUUUCUUUUUGCUGAUUAAUUAGAAAUAUAAAAAAUAUAUACCUUAUUUACAUAAGUAUUCAGACCCUUUGCUAUGAGACUCAGGUGCAUCCUGUUUCCGUUGAUCAUCCUUGAGAUGUUUCUACAACUUGAUUGUAGUCCACCUGUGGUAAAUUCAAUUGAUUGGACAUGAUUGGAAAGGCACACACCUGUCUAUAUAAGGUCACACAGUUGACAGUGCAUGUCAGUGCAAAAACCAAGCCAUGAGGUCGAAGGAAUUGUCCGUAGAGCUCCAAGACAGGAUUGUGUCAAGGCACAGAUCUGGGGAAGGGUACCAAAACAUUUCUGCAGCAUUGAAGGUCCACAAGAACACAGUGGCCUCCAUCAUUCUAAAAUGGAAGAUGUUUGCAACCACCAUGACUCUUCCUAGAGCUGGCCGCCCGGCCAAACUGAGCAAUUGGGGGAGAAGGGCCUUGGUCAGGGAGGUGACCAAGAUCCCGAUGGUCACUUUGACAGAGUUCCAGAGUUCUUCUGUUGUGAUGGGAGAACCUUCCACCUAUCAGGCCUUUAUGGUAGAGUAGAGGGAUCAUUGAUGAAAACCUACUCCAGAGCGCUCAGGACCUCAGACAGGGGAAAAGGUUUACCUUCCAACAGGACAAUGAUCCUAAGCACACAGCCAAGACAACGCAGGAGUGUCUUUGGGACAAGUCUCUGAAUGUCCUUGAGUGGCCCAGCCAGAGCCCGAACUUGAUUGAACAUCUCUGGAGAGACUUGAACAUAGCUGUGCAGCGACGCUCCCCAUCUAACCUGACAGAGCUUGAGAGGAUCUGCAAAGAAGAAUGGGAGAAACUAUCCAAAUACAGGUGAGCCAAGCUUGUAGCGUCAUACCCAAGAAGACUGAAGGCUAUAAUCGCUGCCAAAAGUGCUUCAACAAAGUACUGACUAAAGGGUCUGAGUACUUUUUGCUUCAUCAUUAUGGGGUAUUGUGUGUAGAUUGAUGAGGGGGGAAAAAACUAUUUAAUCCACUUUAGAAUAAGGUUGUAACGUAACAAAAUGUAGACAAAGUCAAGGGGUCUGAAUACUUUCCGAAUGCACUGUAUCUGUAAGGUCUCGCAGUGAAUUUCAAACACUGAUUCAACCACAAAGACCAGGGAGGUUUUCUAAUGCCUCGCAAAGGGCACCUAUUGGUAGAUGGGUAAAAAUAAGAAAGCAGCCAUUCAAUAUCCUUUUGAGCAUGGUGAAGUUAUUAAUUACACUUUUGAUGGUGUAUCAAUACAACCAGUCACAAAAAAGAUACUGAGUUGCCAGAGAGGAAGGAAACCGCUCAGGGAUUUCACCAUGAGGCCAAUGGUGACUUUAAAACUGUUUAAUGUCUGUGAUAGAAAACUGAGGAUGGAUCAACAAGAUUGUAGUUACUCCACAAUACUAACCUAAUUGACAGAGUGAAAAGAAGGAAGCCUGUACAGAAUACAAAAUACUCCAAAACAUGCAUCCUGUUUGCAAUAAGGCACUAAAGUAAAACUGCAAAAAAUGUGGCAAAGAAAUUAACUUUUUGUCCUGAAUGCCAAGUGUUAUGUUUGGGGCAAAUCCAACACAACAGAUCACUCUUAAUAUUUUCAAGCAUGGUGGUGACUGCAUUAUUUUAUGGGUAUGCUUGUCGUCAGCAAGUGAGUUUUUUGGGGGAUAAAAACAAACAGAAUAGAGCUAAUCACAAGCAAAAUCCUAAUAGGAAAACCAGGUUCAGUCUGCUUUCCAACAAACACAGAGACAUUUACCUUUCAACAGGACAAUAACCUAAAACACAAGGCCAACUGUACAUUGGAGUUGCUUACCAAGACGACAUUCAAUGUUCCUGAGUGGCCUAGUUACGGUUUUGACUAAAAUCGGCUUGAAAAUCUUUGGCGAGACUUGAAAAUGACUGUCUAGCUAUGUUCAACAACCAACUGGACAGAGCUAGAAUAAUUGUGUAAUGUGCAAAUAUUGCACAAUCCAGGUGUGCAAAGCUCUUAGAGACUUACCCAGAAAGACUCACACUUGUAAUCACUGCCAAAAGUGGUUUUAACAUGUAUUGACUCAGGGGGUUGAAUACUUAUGUAAUCAAGAUAUACAGUACCAGUCAAAAGUUUGGACACACCUACUCAUUCAAGGGUUUUUCUUUAUUUUUUACUAUUAUUCUACAUUGUAGAAUAAUAGUGAAGACAUAAACUAUGAAAUAACACAUGGAAUUAUGUAGUAACCAAAUAAGUGUUAAACAAAGUAAAAUAUAUUUUAUAUUUGAGAUUCUUCAAAUUGUCACCCUUUGCCUUGAUGACAGCUUUGCACACUCUUUCAGUUACUGCUCUGUUCAAUCGUUGGGUAUCUUUUGAGUUCAAUAUCAUUACAUUUUUGAACAUUUGUAUGUGAAAAAAUGUAGACAGCCAUGUAUGCAUGAAUGAAUCAAUUAUACAAUCAAUUAAUGUAAUAUUGUUUUUACCAAUUUAACUACAAAACAACAUAAUGGUAAUCAUAUAUUUGAAUGGUAAAUCUCUAUUGCUAAACUCGGUAAAUCAAGAUGUAGCCUCGGUCUAUUCACAAUACAGGUGAAUGCGUAGAGUUACUGAGAAUAUUUGAGCUGAUUUCAUUACAUUUUACAUUUGAGAUUUUAGUCAUUUAGCAGACGCUCUUAUCCAGAGCGACUUACAGUUAGUGAGUGCAUACAUUUUCAUACUGGCCCCCCGUGGGAAACGAAUCCACAACCCUGGCGUUGCAAGCGCCAUGCUCUACCAACUGAGCUACACUGGGCCUCAUUUCAUGGGGCUACAGAUAAUAAACAAUCCCUUCCAUUUAAGACUUAUUUUAUUGGUAACUGCUAGUAGAAAAUAUUAUUUUAUUGUACUGAUCAACAACAUUUACAUAGAAGAAGCAAUCUCUUAUUUUAUAAAAAUGCGUGCUGUCUCUUUAAGAACGUAAUGACAUCAUUCAUGAGGCAGAAUGUGUCAGUGGAAUCUGACUUUGUGGCUAUGGAAACUAGUGGACACCAGUCGGGAGAUGAAGAAGUGAAUGAGUUUUACGUACUAGGGUAGUGAAUUCAGCUACUAAGAUAGCAAGGAAAGUUAGCCUACAAUUAAAGCUGGUAGCUACCGGUAUCGUCUCGCAUUUUAAAAGUGUUCUAGCCUGUAUGGACAGUGUUUUGUGAACAGUAAUGAACAGUUUCAACAUUCCUAGAUGCCGUGUUGCAUUACUCAAGUGUGUAAACUUCUGUGCAGCAUGAGUGGGGAGCAGCCCAGACAACUCCACUUACAACUCUAAUGUAAGUGGAGCAGGCACUUGACUCUUCGCGCUAUAAAAGGUCUGCGCUGAUAGACAGACUUGAACCUCUCAAUCACGUGAGACACUUUUAACAGAAGUACCGAAUGUAACAACAUUUUUAGGACAGAACUGUUUUUUCUUUUGUAUCGAAAAAGUACUGAUGUUUUGGUAUACCGUGCAACACUACUCUGAGGAAGUAGAUAAAGGGGUUAAUUGCCAAAGUCCCGAGCUAUCCCUUUAAUAGCCCUUCCUAUAGGGUUAUUCCAUUGGAUUUCGAUCAAUUUUUGACCGCAUCCCUUUUGAUUUGAACAAAACUUUCCAUAUCUAUUUGCCCAUGGUAGAAGUGGUCAGAAAGUGACUUUUUGGACCUGAAUGCAAAAACAUUUAGGAGAUCGAGGUGCUCAAAGUUGACCCGUUUUGCAUACCCCACCCUACCAUGAAACAUCCAUUUCUUCAUCACUGGAAAAGAUAAACGGGGGACUCCCGAGUGGCGCAGCGGUCUAAGGCACUGCAUCGCAGUGCUAGAGGCGUUACUACAGACCCGGGUUCAUUCCUGGGCUGUGCCACAACCGGUCGUGGCCGGGAGUCCCAUAGGACGGUGCACAAUUGGCCCAGCAUCAUCCGGGUUAGGGGAGGGUUUGGCCAGGGGGCUUUAUUUGGCUCAUCGCGCUCUAGCGACUCCUUGUGACGGGCAGGGUGCCUGCAGGCUGACCCCGGUCGUCAGUUGAAUGGUGUUUCCUUCAACGCGUUGGUGCGGCUGGCUUCCGGGUUAAGCUGGUCAGUGUUAAGGAACGCGGUUAGGCGGGUCAUGAUUCGGAGGACGCAUGACUUCGCCUGUCCCGAGCCCGUUGGGGAGUUGCAGCGAUGAGACAAGAUCGAAAUGGUGGAGUAAAAGGGGGGUAAAAUACCAAACAAACAAGAAAAAAUACAAAAGAGAGAAACGCUUGAGUUUGAAAUCAUUACAAAGCUUACAAACAGGGUUGUCAAACUAUUUAAUAAUUUAUUGAAAACAUUUCUUUUUUGUCAAAUAUCAAAAAACGCCUAAACUUCUUUCAUUUUCACAUAUGUUGUAGCUUAGACCCUAUUUUACAUCAUCUGAGGUUUUUGUGUUGUGCCCGCCAUCGGUUGAGACACAGCAUACUCUUGAAUACAGGGUGGGUGUCAUUUAAAUCAUAGAAAUAUAAUAUAUAAUUCAUAGACCCCUGCAAUUUAGUUGGUACCUCAUUGAAAUGUAAAUUGAAUUGAAAUUUUAAUAGCCCCAUAACAUCAAAGACCCACCACCAUAUUUUACAGUAGGUAUGGGGUUAUUUUCUGCUCAUGCAUUCUCAUUUCUACGCCAAACCCACCACUGGUGUGCAUGGCCAAAGAGCUCUAUUUUCAUGUCAUCCAACAAAUGUUAACGCCUGAAAUUUGCUAAACAGCAUUGGCACUUGGAUUGGAACCGGUGCUUUUAGUCAGAUGAUAUAGAAAAUAAAGCUCUUUGGCCACGCACACCAGUGGUGGGUUUGGGGGCGAAAUUAGAAUGUAUGAGCAGAAAUAACCACAUACCUACUGUAAAAUCUGGUGGUUGAUCUUUGAUGUUAUGGGGCUAUUUUGCUUCUACUGGUCCUGGGGCCCUUGUUAAGGUCAAUGGCAUCAUGCACUUUACCCUGUACCAGGAUAUUUUAGCCAAAAACCUGGUUUCCUCUGCCAGGAGGCUGAAACUUGGCCGUAUGUGGAUCUUCCAGAAAGACAAUAACCCCAAGCACACACCAAAAUCCACAAAGAAAUGGUUAAUUGGCUAAAUAUUCUACAUUUUACAAUUGCCAUCUCAGUCUCCGUACUUCAAACCCAUUGAAAAUCUGUGGUUUGAAUUGAAGAGGACAGUCCAUAAGCGCAGGAUAUCAAGGAUCUGGAAGGAUUCUGUAUUGGGGAAUGGUCUAAGAUCCCUCCCAAUGUGUUUUCCAACUCAUAAAACAUUGUAGGUUCAGUGCCGUAAUCCUCGCAAGGUGAGGUAUUGAAAACAGGGGUGUCAAUAAUUUUGCCCCCUACUUUUUUGCGAAAACAAUAAAUCAAAUAAAAACUUGUUAAACAAAAUAUUUCUCUGAGUAAUUGUAUUAGUAUAAAAUAAUAUCAUUUCCCCCUAUUUUUUUUUUUCAUACAAUAUAGCGCAUUAUUUUAUACAGUAAUUUUUGCCAAUCUUUAUCAAGGGUGUCAAUAAUUUUGGACCCCACUGUAUAUCUAUGAUUUCAAUAGGUUUCCUAUGGAAGAUUGACAGUAUCAUUUAAAACAAUUGAUAUUCUUAUUCUAGUCAUCAAUUUAAAAAUGUAUUCCCAUUUUAGUACAUCUAUCAGCCUGCAACAUGACAUCCACCCUGUAUUCAAGAGCAUGCUGUGUCUCAACCGACACAACACAAAUACCUCCGGCGUAAAAUAGGGUCUAAGCUGCAACAUAUGCGGAAAUGAAAAACAUCUGAGUUCACACGUUUUUAGAUAAUUGCUUUUAAAGGUUAAAAAAAUGACAAUUUGUAUUAUAAAAACAUUUUACAUUUUAGUCAUUUAGCAGACGCUCUUAUCCAGAGCGACUUACAGUUAGUGAGUGCAUACAUUUAUUUUACUUUGACAACCCUGUUUUUAAGCUGUUCAAUUAUAUAAAACUCAACCAUUUAUAUUUUCCAGUGAUUAAGACAAGGAUGUCUCAUGGUAGGGUGGGGUAUUCAAAAUGGAUCAACUUUGAGCACAUCUAUCUCCUAAAUGUUUUGGCAUUCAGGUCCCAAAAAUUACUUUCUGAACACUUCUACCAUGGGCAAAUAUGUAUAGAAAGUGUUGUUCAAAUCAAAAAGGGUGCAGUCAAAAUGCUAUUGAAAUCAAAUGGAACGACCCUAUAUUGACCCAGUUCUAGAGUAGCCUAUUCAAUCCCCCUGCUCGGUUAAUUUCCGUAUCACAAUUGGUAGACUAUUCUGUGAGGGCCUAUGGCAAAUUGAAAAAUUCCAAGCAUUUAACCAGAACAACAUGAUUGUCUGGUUUUAUUUUUCAGGCCUUGUAAAUGUUUGAGUGUUACUGGAAAUAGGGACUCGGUGGUUGGGUUUGUCAGUGGUAUGUGGUUUUGUUCUUCAUGCACAAUGUUUUUGGAAAAGAGUAGCCACCUGUUCUCAUUCUUUCAUAACAGUGCAGGUCCAUUUCAUCACAAGUUACAUUACACAGAGUUGAGUGUAAAACAGCAGAGUGAUUGGGCAAAACAGCUAAGAGCUCAUGUUGAUGCAGGUGGUCAUCAAUCUCUUCAGCUAGAAUCAGUCAUUGUGUUCACCUAAGGUCUUAAUUCAGUUGAAGCAGCAUUGUAGUAUACAUGUUUUCCCCAUCUCUGUAGAAUCUACCUCUUUUCAGAAUAAGAAGUGUUUGUGUGUGCUCGCUGCUUGAGUAGUAAACAUUGCUGUGGUGGGCUGAAUUGAAUUCCAGAAAUCUUCCUUUAAGUGUUCUGUGACAAAGCUGACUUGUGAUCAUUCUGUUCUUUCUCAGGGGACGUCAUCUUCAAUGCCAGGGAUCCAGAACUACCUCCAGACUUCAUAUUUGGAGAGGACGCAGAAUUCCUGCCAGAACCCUCAGAACUCCCAGUGAGUACAAUAUCCCACCUCACUCAUUUCCCACAAUCCCCACAGCUUAGCCAAUUCAUCACCCUGGCCUAAUGUGAAUAACUCACCAAAGUUGCUGCUCAGACACGUUAAGUGUGGUGAGCAAUAGAAGGCAGAUGACACUGCUGCUCUGGUUUAUUGUCCAAAUGGUUGGGCCAUUCUGUUGUUUUGAUGCCCUUUUAUCUGGAACUCAAGUGCCGUUAUUGAUAUGUGAGGAUGAGUCAGAAGCCAUAUUGACCCAACGACCUCCAAUGUUCUGUUGAAAAGGCGUUGGUGCGUUGCGUAAUCACUUCUUCUGUUUGUGCUGGCCUGCAUGUCCUCCUCCCUUCUUUAGAAAACUGUCGAUUGCUAAUGGUUUCCUUAUACAGUGGGGAGAACAAGUAUUUGAUACACUGCCGAUUUUGCUGGUUUUCCUACUUACAAAGCAUGUAGAGGUCUGUAAUUUUUAUCAUAGGUACACUUCAACUGUGAGAGACGGAAUCUAAAACAAAAAUCCAGAAAAUCACAUUGUAUGAUUUUUAAGUAAUUAAUUUGCAUUUUAUUGCAUGACAUAAGUAUUUGAUACAUCAGAAAAGCAGAACUUAAUAUUUAGUACAGAAACCUUUGUUUGCAAUUACAGAGAUCAUAAGUUUCCUGUAGGUCUUGACCAGGUUUGCACACACUGCAGCAGGGAUUUUGGCCCACUCCUCCAUACAGACCUUCUCCAGAUCCUUCAGGUUUCGGGGCUGUCGCUGGGCAAUACGGACUUUCAGCUCCCUCCAAAGAUUUUCUAUUGGGUUCAGGUCUGGAGACUGGCUAGGCCACUCCAGGACCUUGAGAUGCUUCUUACGGAGCCACUCCUUAGUUGCCCUGGCUGUGUGUUUCGGGUCGUUGUCAUGCUGGAAGACCCAGCCACGACCCAUCUUCAAUGCUCUUACUGAGGGAAGGAGGUUGUUGGCCAAGAUCUCACGAUACAUGGCCUCAUCCAUCCUCCCCUCAAUACGGUGCAGUCGUCCUGUCCCCUUUGCAGAAAAGCAUCCCCAAAGAAUGAUGUUUCCAGCUCCAUGCUUCACGGUUGGGAUGGUGUUCUUGGGGUUGUACUCAUCCUUCUUCUUCCUCCAAACACGGCGAGUGGAGUUUAGACCAAAAAGCUCUAUUUUUGUCUCAUCAGACCACAUGACCUUCUCCCAUUCCUCCUCUGGAUCAUCCAGAUGGUCAUUGGCAAACUUCAGACGGGCCUGGACAUGCGCUGGCUUGAGCAGGGGGACCUUGCGUGCGCUGCAGGAUUUUAAUCCAUGACGGCGUAGUGUGUUACUAAUGGUUUUCUUUGAGACUGUGGUCCCAGCUCUCUUCAGGUCAUUGACCAGGUCCUGCCGUGUAGUUCUGGGCUGAUCCCUCACCUUCCUCAUGAUCAUUGAUGCCCCACAAGGUGAGAUCUUGCAUGGAGCCCCAGACCGAGGGUGAUUGACCGUCAUCUUGAACUUCUUCCAUUUUCUAAUAAUUCCGCCAACAGUUGUUGCCUUCUCACCAAGCUGCUUGCCUAUUGUCCUGUAGCCCAUCCCAGCCUUGUGCAGGUCUACAAUUUUAUCCCUGAUGUCCUUACACAGCUCUCUGGUCUUGGCCAUUGUGGAGAGGUUGGAGUCUGUUUGAUUGAGUGUGUGGACAGGUGUCUUUUAUACAGGUAACGAGUUCAAACAGGUGCAGUUAAUACAGGUGAUGAGUGGAGAACAGGAGGGCUUCUUAAAGAAAAACUAACAGGUCUGUGAGAGCCGGAAUUCUUACUGGUUGGUAGGUGAUCAAAUACUUAAUGCAAUAAAAUGCAAAUUAAUUACUUAAAAAUCUUACAAUGUGAUUUUCUGGAUUUUUGUUUUAGAUUCCGUCUCUCACAGUUGAAGUGUACCUAUGAUAAAAAUUACAGACCUCUACAUGCUUUGUAAGUAGGAAAACCUGCAAAAUCAGCAGUGUAUCAAAUACUUGUUCUCCCCACUGUACAUUAGCUAAAUAAUUAGCUUAGAUGUGCGCUUUUGUGAUGCACACUAAGAUAUUUAGAAACACAAACACUUAUUAUAAUACAGACAUACACAAGCCAUACUGCAAUCCAGUGUUUCCUCUUGAAAAAUGUGUAACGGGGUUGGGGAGGGUGGUUGAAGGUCACUUCUGGCGACUUUUUAAAAGGUCAUUCUCUAAAAUGAAUUAAAAUAAAAUUAUGCUGACACCGUCUAAAAUACAAUUUCCACCUACAGAAAUGAGCCCAAUAACAUAUUGGUAAAAUUAUUUGUAAUAAUUAUUUUGACAUGUUGGACCAUGUACAGUGCCUUCGGAAAGUAUUCAGACCCCUUGACUUUUUCCACAUUUUGUUACGUUACAGCCUUAUUCUAAAAUUGAUUAAAUAGUUCUUUCCCCUCAUCAAUCUACACACAAUACCCCAUAAUGACAAAGCAAAAACUGUUUUUUAGAAAGUUUUGCUAAUUUAUAAAAAAUUUAAAACAGAUUUACAUAAGCGUUCAGACCCUUUACUCAGUACUUUGGCAGUGAUUACAGCCUCGAGUCUUAUUGGGUAGGACGCUACAAGCUUGGCACACCUGUAUUUGGGGAGUUUCUCCCAUUCUUCUCUGCAUAUCUUCUCAAGCUCUGUCAGGUUGGAUGGGGAGCGUUGCUGCACAGCUAUUUUCAGGCCUUUCCAGAGAUGUUCGAUCGGGUUCAAGUCCGGGCUCUGGCUGGGCCACUCAAGGACAUUCAGAGACUUGUCCCGAAGCCACUCCUGCGUUGUCUUGGCUGUGUGCUUAGGGUCAUUGUCCUGUUGGAAGGUGAACCUUCGCCCCAGUCUGAGGUCCUGUGCGCUCUGGAGCAGGUUAUCAAGGAUCUCUCUGUACUUUGCUCCGUUCAUCUUUGCCUCGAUCUUGACUAGUCUCCCAGUCCCUGCUGCUGGUGCCAUGUUUCCUCCAGACAUGAUGAUUGGCAUUCAGGCCAAAGAGUACAAUCUUGGUUUAAUCAGACCAGAGAAUCUUGUUUCUCAUGGUCUGAGAGUGUUUAGGUGCCUUUUGGCAAACUCCAAUUGGGCUGUCAUGUGCCUUUUACUGAGGAGUGGCUUCCGUCUGGCCACUCUACCAUAAAGGCCUGAUUGGUGGAGUGCUGCAGAGAUGGUUGUCCUUCUGGAAGGAUCUCCCAUCUCCACAGAGGAACUCUGAAGCUCUGUCAGAGUGACCAUCGGGUUCUUGGUCACCUCCCAGCUCUAGGAAGAGUCUUGGUGGUUCCAAACUUCUUCCAUUUAAGAAUAUUGGAGGCCCCUGUGUUCUUGGGGAUCUUCAAUGCUGCAGACAUUUUUUGGUACCCUUCCCCAGAUCUGUGCCUUGACACAAUCAUAUCUCGGAGCUCUAUGGACAAUUCCUUCAACCUCAUGGCUUGGUUUUUGCUCUGACAUGGGACCUUAUACAGGCAGGUGUGUGCCUUUCCAAAUCAAUCAAUUUAAUUUACCACAGGUAGACACCAAUCAAGUUGUAGAAACAUCUCAAGGAUAAUCAAUGGAAACAGGAUGCACCUGAGCUCAAUUUCGAGUCUCAUAGCAAAGGGUCUGAAUACUUCUGUAAAUAAGGUAUUUCUGUUUUUCAUAUUUAAUAAAUGUGCAGAAAUGUCUAAACCUGUUUUUGCUUUGUCAUUAUGGGGUAUUGCGUGUAGAUUGAGGAUGAUAAAAAAUAAAAAUAUAAAAUUAGAGUAAGGCUGUAAUGUAACAAAAUGUGGAAAAAGUCAAGGGGUCUGAAUACUAGCCUAUGCAUGGUCCAUAUUAUCAGAUAUGCUAUUAGCAAUAAGCAUUAUCACCUGUAGCCCAAAUGAUGCAGCAUAGUGUCUAUAAAUAAAUAGGCUGAAGCAUGGGGUCGCCUAUCUUUAUUUAACCUAUUGGGCUAAUCAUGAACCAGAUCCCAAAUGUGAUCUUUUAACGAGUUAGCAUCCUAUUGAUACAUUUUAUGUCCCAAAAAACUUAGCGUAACUUGGGGCAUACCACCACCUGGUGUAACACACCCCUGCCUGUACUUCUCACAGAAACCACUUCAUGUCACAAAUUUUUCCCCAAACACUUUCCCUGCUUGCCGCUACUCUUUCUCAACAAAAAAUGUAAUCUUUCUCAUCACAAUAUAAGUAAUUCCCAAUAAAUUAUUUUGAGGUAGGGUGACGUUUUACCCGAAGUUAACCUACAAUUGACAUUAAGCCCCACUCUCCCCUAUGCACUCACUGCAAAUUACAGAGCGGUAAGGUGCUUAACACUGCUAAAAACUCUGUGUUUGAAAUGGUGCAGUUCGCGCAUAUUUAGCAGUUGAGAAAUAAAGUAUGAAUGGAAAGCUGGGAUCCCCUCUUUUUAACAAAGGCCAUUAAAACUGCUGUUUUUCCCGUGAUUGCAAAAAUGUUAUAUUAAUUAUAUUUUUUCCAUGUUCUAUAUUUAUUUGGCGUGGCGGCAAUGAUUUUGCCGUGGCACGCCGACCACAGCUAAAUGACUGCAGCGGAAACACUGCAGCAAUCCCUGGGAACUUUCUAUUGCAGGUUGCUAGUCUGGUACAGAAAACCCCCUAAAACAAACAAAACAGCUCAGUGUCCAACAUAUGGAUGACCUAAGCAAACCAACCUGUCAUGUGUUGCAUAUAUUGUCUCCCCAAUAGCCUUAGCAGGUGUCUGUGAGUUAAGUUCAGGGCAGUUGGAAGACGGGGCAUUUCUCCAACACAAUCUAGGAACAACGUAUCACCCCAGAAUCCACCAGCACACACACAACUGAUUUAUGGUACCUAUAAGAAUACAGUGAAGGGAAGAGUAGAAUGGCAACCAGGAAUUGGACAUAGGGUUGGGCGCUCACUUGUUAAUAGGCCUAAUGCUUUGUCCCUGUGGAAAACUCCCUGCUGGAAACGGAUGCCAGACCAGACGCUGAGAAGCUUGGCAAGAGGCGAUUUGUUAUUGCUGCUAUUACUACAGUCUUAAAGUUGUCCACAGGGUUAUUUUUAAAGCCACCUAACAGGGAGAAGUUAAAUUCCCCAGCCUGUCAGAGUCUGGGAGACAAGGGGGAGGUAUUGCUCACUGUCUCGCAAAACAGCUGCACACAUACGGGGAAGCACCUCUAUCGCGCCAGUGCUUGGCAGCCCCUCUGUUUAUUAUUAUUUCUGGCCAUGUUUUCAUAAUCCUUACUUUUUCUCUACCCGGGAUGUUUUUUCCCCUCUCCUACUUGCUCCUCCUCUUUCUCCAUCUUUAGUAAGUGUCGCCCUCCUGCUCUCUUACUCAAUAGAACCCUGUUUUCUUAAUGCUUCAGUUAAUUUCCCACCAUUGACUAGUACGCAGACCUCUUCGCCAGUAAUCGUUAUGAAUCAGUUUUUUAAGGAGCCAAAUGGAAACCACUCAACCAAGUGACUGAGGAACUUAUUUCCUCAUAGGAAGAAGAACUUGCAGCAGCUGCAUAAACCACCUUUUGACUAACCCUUGGAAAACAGAGCUAAUUUGCCAUUUUGCACUAUUAUCCUAUUCUCCACGGGAUAAUGCAAUUUGUAGAGGGGAGGAGUGUGUUGCAACCUGGGUAUGCAGAGACUCCUUUACACCUGACAGCUUCUAGUCUGCUUCAAAGCUAUAAGGUAGUUUGGUGAUGAUCGUGAUGGGUUCAGGUGGUGCACACCAUUCACGUUACUUGGAAGAACAUAGCCUCACAGUGGUGGGUGUACACACACACAGUGUGGUUUGGCUCACUGUCCAAUUGUUGCAUUCAUCUUUAGAUCUCAGAUGGAGAUUUGGGCCAAACAGGUUUCUUGGUGCAUGCACUCAGGACAGGAAGUGAAGAGACACGAGAGUGCAGCAAGUGUAGGCUGCACAGUUCAUCUAAGUACACACACUUUAAUAUACAAAUGAGUCUGGGUCUUGCCAGUGCUGGAUCUUGCCAAUGCCCACCACUCAAACACUUGCUAAUGAAUUUAACCAUUAAUCACACCUCACUCUCUUGACCAAACAACCUAUUUAUGUAACAAUCAUGUCUACAACAGGAUGCUGAGAUUUUCCAUUUAAUCAACAUCCCAACACGUAGCAUACCUUUCACCUGUAAACCGUCAAUAAAAACAUGUACUUAAAGUAGGGCUGGGCGAUUUAUAUCGAAUUAAUGUUUUAGCUCAAUGUUUUAAAUUCCUGUAUCGCAAGGUUACGUUUUUGGUCGUUUUUAUGAGCGUUUGUCGUCUUUUUUUGGGGGGGGAUUACCUUCGCUCCUUCUGUGCUGUGUGCACUGUGCACCUUCCCAUUCGCACACAGACACCAAGCCCCUCCCCCUGCCACUCACAUAAUACCCAUAAAACCUAGCGGUCAAACACAGAAAAGGUUCCAAUGGUUUUUUUCACCUUUCAUUUUUCCCGUAGGGAAAAAGCCACUUCAAACAAGGUCUGUGUUUCAUUUAGGUUUUCCCUGGCGUGACGUUUUGAUUAAUCUCUCACGGACAAGGUAACUUUUAUCAAUAUAUUCAGCUACAUUUACUCAGAUUCGAAAAUGCUAAUUAGCAUCAAAGUAGACAUCAUGCAAGACUACAAUUCCAUGCAAGCUGCGGCAUGUCAUCUCUAGCUGACACCUUUGCUGUCAGCUACAAGCAACCUUGAGCCAAAAUGAAAGAUAUCUUGAACAUUUUCAUUUACUGCUCCAUAUUUUAUUUAACUUAUAUAUUUUUGCUUAUUUAUGCAUUUGGUCUUGUAUCUACAGAAUACUAUCCUUGUAGCAGUCAGAUAUUUACAAUAUGCCAUAAAUACUAGGUUAUUUUUUUCAAAGACGCUAGCUAGCUAGAUACCUUCCUAGAUGAUAUUAGCAACAUGCCCUUAUUUUACCAGAUCCUCUUCUCCUUCAGCUGGUGGAUGUCUAUAUUUAAUUCCUUAUAAUGUCUGCCAACUAUAUGAACGAGGUGAAAUCCAUUUCAAUUCAUGGUGUCAGAAUGCACUGCUGUAUUAAAGCAAUUAAGACCUUGUUGACAUUUUCUGAUGCAGAUUCAAAGCCAGAUUAACUAAUUGCAGAAUGUAUCCAUAAUCAUAAAUGAACUCCAUCAAUUACAUUGUUUUAAAGAAGUCCAAAUAGUUAACAAUGCAUACAUAUGCCUUUUUAUACAUAACAUAUAAAUAUCUUACUUGAAGUAAAGAUUACAUUAUUUAUUCAUCAAUGCCACAAACCUGGGACAUCGAAGAGCAUCAUAUGAUUCCAAGAUGGCGUAGCAGUGCGGUCGUGUUUUUCUGUAGCGUUUGUUUGUAGUGUAGUGUUUUUUUGUCAAUUUUGUAUAUAUUUCUCAAUUUUACUUUUCAUUCUUUAACUAAAUAUACUUUCCUGCAACCUGCCUCACCCAACGUGGAAAGGAUUCUAUUAUUUCUUUAUAACUUUUAUCAGAACCUUAAGCUGAAACUAGUCUAGCUGCAACCGAAUGGCUGUGGUAGCCAGCUAGCUAGCUACUUGCUAUUAGCCACCGUUAGCGUCUUCACCAUUGUCCGUGGCCUGCAUUACCCACCAGCCAGCACUAGCUCUAGCCUGGACAAUUUGUCGGCCAGUCUGCACAGCGUGCUAUCGACCCAGAGCAUAUCGGAUUUUCUGCCGGAAUCACUGGACCCUAGCGCCAGAUCAUCGCAACUAGUUAGCUGCAACCGAAUGGCUGUUGUAGCCAGCUAGCUAGCUACUUGCUAUUAGCCACCGUUAGUGGUCUAAACCAUUGUCCGUGGCCUGCACUACCCACCUGCCAGCUCUAGCUCUAGCCUGGACAAUUUGUCGGCCAGUCCGCACCGCGUGCUAUCGACCCAGAGCAUAUCGGAUUUUCUGCCGGAAUCACUGGACCCUAGCGCCGGAUCAUCGCAACUAGCUAGCUGCAACCGCAUGGUUGUUGUCGUUGGCUAAUUACCAUUGCACCUUAGCAAGCACCAGUUAGCCUUGAGCUAGCCUCGAGCCAGGCCCAUCUCCCGGCUAUCUACCUCUCUGUCAACCGGACGGGACCUCCUAGUGUUGACACGGAGCCCCGCCGAUCCAACACGACUGGUCUGCCGACAAAAUCGUCUGAUGUGGUUUCAACAGGCUUCCCGUUACGACGUUGACCACGAAGACUCAUCUGCUAGCCCCGGCCCGCUAGCACACGCAAGCCGUGGCCUCUUGCUCGACAGUGCUGUAGCAGCCCCCGAACUACCUCCGAACUCUCCUAUUGCUGUUCACCGGACCUUAUGAUAACUCAGCUGUACAGCUGAUGCCUGCUGGACUGUUCCUUUAUACGGUACCGCAUCCUGUUUAUGUUUAGCCUCAGCCCAAACUUUGUCGCUAUUACCAUCUGUUGUCUUAGCUCUCUCGAAUAACACCUGUGAUUGCUUUAUGCCUCUCUCCCAUGUCAAUAUGCUUUGCUUAUUGCUGUUUUGGUUAUUUCUUAUUGUACUAUUUCACUGUAGAGCCCCCAGCCCAGCUCAACCUGCCUUAGACAGCUCCUUUGUCCCACUCCCCAUACACGCGGAGACCGACUCAAUCGGUGCCUUCAGUGAUGCUAUCUCUUUCAUCGUUACCCAACGCUUAGGUUUACCUCCACUGUACUCAUAUCCUUCCAUAUCCUUGUCUGUACAUAAUGCCCUGAAUCUAUCGGAAAUCUGCCCCCCUUUCUCUGUACCCAACGCACUAGAAGACCAGUUCUUAAAGCCUUUAGCUGUAUCCUUAUUCUAUAUUAUACUCCUCCUCUGUUCCUCUGGUGAUGUAGAGGUUAACCCAGGCCCUGUAGCCCCCAAUAUUACUCCUACUCCCCAGGCGCUAUCAUUUGUUGACUUCUGUAACCGUAAAAGCCUCGGUUUCUUGCACGUUAACAUCCAAAGCCUCCUCCCUAAGUUUGAGUUAUUCACUGCGUUAGCACACUCCUGCCAACCCUGAUGUUCUAGCAGUGUCUGAAUCCUGGCUUAGGAAAGCCACCAAAAAUUCAGAAAUGUCCAUCCCCAACUACAACAUUUUCCGUCUAGAUAGAACUGCCAAUGGGGGUGGGGUUGCAAUCUACUGUAGAGAGAGCCUGCAGAGCUCUAUCAUACUAUCCAGGUCUGUGCCCAAACAGUUUGACCUUCUACUUCUAAAAAUCCACCUUUCCAGAAAUAAGUCUCUCACAGUUGCCGCUUGCUACAGACCCCCCAUCAGCCCCGAGCUGUGCCCUGGACACCAUAUGUGAACUGAUUACCCCCCCAUCUAUCCUCAGAGUUCGUAUUGCUUGGUGACCUAAACUGGGAUAUGCUUAACACCCCGGCCAACCUACAAUCUAAACUAGAUGCCCUCAAUCUCACAAAUAUUAUCAACAAACCUACCAGGUACAACCUUACAUCUGUAAACAUGGGCACCCUCAUAGAUAUCAUUCUGACAAAUGUACCCUCUAAAUACACCUCUGCUGUCUUCAACCAGGAUCUCAGCGAUCACUGCCAUAUUGCCUGCGUCCGUAAUGGGUCCGCGGUCAAACGACCACCCCUCAUCACUGUCAAACGCUCCCUAAAACACUUGAGCGAGCAGGCCUUUCUAAUUGACCUGGCCCGGGUAUCCUGGAUGGAUAUUGAUGUCAUUCCGUCAGUAGAUGAUGCCUGGUGUUCUUUAAAAGUGCUUUCCUCUCAAUCUUAAAAAGCAUGCCCCAUUCAAAAACAGAUACAGUGGGGGAAAAAGUAUUUAGUCAGCCACCAAUUGUGCAAGUUCUCCCACUUAAAAAGAUGAGAGAGGCCUGUAAUUUUCAUCAUAGGUACACGUCAACUAUGACAGACAAAAUGAGAAAAACAAAUAUUUUUUAUGAAUUUAUUUGCAAAUUAUGGUGGAAAAUAAGUAUUUGGUCACGUACAAACAAGCAAGAUUUCUGGCUCUCACAGACCUGUAACUUCUUCUUUAAGAGGCUCCUCUGUCCUCCACUUGUUACCUGUAUUAAUGGCACCUGUUUGAACUUGUUAUCAGUAUAAAAGACACCUGUCCACAACCUCAAACAGUCACACUCUAAUCUCCACUAUGGCCAAGACCAAAGAGCUGUCAAAGGACACCAGAAACAAAAUUGUAGACCUGCACCAGGCUGGGAAGACUGAAUCUGUAAUAGGUAAGCAGCUUGGUUUGAAAAAAUCAACUGUGGGAGCAAUUAUUAGGAAAUGGAAGACAUACAAGACCACUGAUAAUCUCCCUCGAUCUGGGGCUCCACGCAAGAUCUCACCCCGUGGGGUCAAAAUGAUCACAAGAACGGUGAGCAAAAAUCCCAGAACCACACGGGGGGACCUAGUGAAUGACCUGCAGAGAGCUGGGACCUAAGUAACAAAGCCUACCAUCAGUAACACACUACACCGCCAGGGACUCAUAUCCUGCAGUGCCAGACGUGUCCCCCUGCUUAAGCCAGUACAUGUCCAGGCCCGUCUGAAGUUUGCUAGAGUGCAUUUGGAUGAUCCAAAAGAGGAUUGGGAGAAUGUCAUAUGGUCAGAUGAAACCAAAAGAGAACUUUUUGGUAAAAACUCAACUCGUUGUGUUUGGAGGACAAAGAAUGCUGAGUUGCAUCCAAAGAACACCAUACCUACUGUGAAGCAUGGGGGUGGAAACAUCAUGCUUUGGGGCUGUUUUUCUGCAAAGGGACCAGGACGACUGAUCUGUGUAAAGGAAAGAAUGAAUGGGGCCAUGUAUCGUGAGAUUUUGAGUGAACACCUCCUUCCAUCAGCAAGGGCAUUGAAGAUGAAACGUGGCUGGGUCUUUCAGCAUGACAAUGAUCCCAAACACACCGCCCGGGCAACGAAGGAGUGGCUUCGUAAGAAGCAUUUCAAGGUCCUGGAGUGGCCUAGCCAGUCUCCAGAUCUCAAUCCCAUAGAAAAUCUUUGGAGGGAGUUGAAAAUCCCUGUUGCCCAGCGACAGCCCCAAAACAUCACUGCUCUAGAGGAGAUCUGCAUGGAGGAAUGGGCCAAAAUACCAGCAACAGUGUGUGAAAACCUUGUGAAGACUUACAGAAAACAUUUGACCUGUGUCAUUGCCAACAAAGGGUAUAUAACAAAAUAUUGAGAAACUUUUGUUAUUGACCAAAUACUUAUUUUCCACCAUAAUUUGCAAAUAAAUUCAUAAAAAAUCCUACAAUGUGAUUCCCGUUCUUGUGAUCAUUUUGACCCCACGGGGUGAGAUCUUGCGUGGAGCCCCAGAUCAAGGGAGAUUAUCAGUGGUCUUGUAUGUCUUCCAUUUCCUAAUAAUUGCUCCCACAGUUGAUAUCUUCAAACCAAGCUGCUUACCUAUCGCAGAUUCAGUCUUCCCAGCCUGGUGCAGGUCUACAAUUUUGUUUCUGGUGUCCCUUGACAGCUCUUUGGUCUUGGCCAUAGUGGAGUUUGGAGUGUGACUGUUUGAGGUUGUGGACAGGUGUCUUUUAUACUGAUAACAAGUUAAAACAGGUGCCAUUAAUACAGGUAACGAGUGGAGGACAGAGGAGCCUCUUAAAGAAGAAGUUACAGGUCUGUGAGAGCCAGAAAUCGUGCUUGUUUGUAGGUGACCAAAUACUUAUUUUCCACCAUAAUUUGCAAAUAAAUUCAUAAAAAAUCCUACAAUAUGAUUUUCUGGAUUUUUUUUCCUCAAUUUGUCUGUCAUAGUUGACGUGUACCUAUGAUGAAAAUGACAGGUCUCUCUCAUCUUUUUAAGUGGGAGAACUUGCACAAUUGGUGGCUGACUAAAUCCUUUUUUUCCCCCACUGUAUACUUUUGUACCUGUUUCCUCCAGCAUCUUCACAAGGUUCUUUGUUCUGGGAUUGAUUUGCACUUUUUGCACCAAAAUACGUUAAUCUCUAGGAGACAGAACGCGUCUCCUUCCUGAGCGGUAUGACGGCUGCGUGGUCCCAUGGUGUUUAUACUUGCGUACUGUUGUUUGUACAGAUGAACGUGGUACCUUCAGGCGUUUGGAAAUUUCUCCCAAGGAUUAACCAGGCUUGUGGAGGUCUACAAUUUUCUUUCUGAUGUCUUGGCUGAUUUCUUUUGAUUUUCCCAUGAUGUCAAGCAAAGAGGCACUGAGUUUGAAGGUAGGCCUUGAAAUACAUCCACAGGUACACCUCCAAUUGACUCAAAUGAUGUCAAUUAGCCUAUCAGAAAUUUCUAAAGCCAUUACAUCAUUUUCUGGAAUUUUCCAAGCUGUUUGAAGGCACAGUCAACUUAGUGUAUAUAAACGUCUGACCCACUGGAGUUGUGAUACAGUGAAUUAUAAGUGAAAUAAUCUGUCUGUAAACAAUUGUUGAAAAAAUGACUUGUGUCAUGCACAAAGUAGAUGUCCUAACCAACUUGCCAAAACUAUAGUUUGUUAACAAGAAAUGUGUGGAGUGGUUGAAAAAUGAGUUUUAAUGACUCCAACCUAAGUGUAUGUAAACUUUUGACUUCAACUGUACCUUCUAAGUGAUUUCAAUGGGUCUUUCUCCAUUCUGUUUGUUUAUACUGUUCAAUCAAACUUCAACCAAAAAUAUUUCAUCAAUUUCUGCAUUUGCUGCACUCAUUUGAGAUCAUUUCCACACUUCAGCGUAGGACUGCACUAUAUGUGCAAAAAAUCUAGGCUCUAUUUUUAACCAAAUGUUGCAAUUGUGAUUUAAUUUGUGAUUUAGAUCAAACACUUGUGAACUGUUGGAAUCAUGGAAAUAGAGUGAUUAUUCUGAUUCUAUAGUUUGAAUAUAAUGUUGUUUGAUGUCACGACAAAUGAAAAAGCCAGGGAGGAGUUAUUGUGACAGGGUAGGAACCAAAGUGUUGGUCAGUGUUUCCCAGGGUGUCUUAUAAUCUUUGGCUACAUUAAAUGUUUUCUCUUGACAUAUUCAUGCUUCCCCAAUUCAUCUCUGAUUUAGUAGAUACUGUUGCAUAAACAACAUGCUGAUUUAGGCCUACAGCAGCACUGGUAUCAGGCUGUAUUAGCUAGCUAUGUUUGCUCUGACUCUGUCCAUUAUUAGCUACCUAGCUAGCCAGCUAACUACAAUUAGCAUUAGUGGCUAACACAAUUUAUUUAGGCACAACUUUCUUAGAAAAGAUAAACUAGCUGUUUGCAGACAGUAAGAUAGAUACACAAACUAAUAGUGUCAUUAUAGAACACUUGGGGAUUUAUAUUAAGGCGCAAAGCAGCAUCAUUGUCAACAUCUUGUUGAAUCUGCUGCAUUGACCAUGCAGACUGAAGAGUGAACGACAAAGCAAGUAAUCUCUUGUGGCCAAGAAUCCCCUCGCCGCGGCACACAGAACGUGGGCGGGGUCGGCUGUGGCCCGCCACACGUUUUCAUUUGCGGAGGCUUUCCAGACAGACAAGCGAUGUGCAGAGCUGGGUUCGUAUGUUCAGUAUGUAAGUAUUCAGACCCUUUACACCUUUGGCAGUGAUUACAGCCUCAAGUCUUCUUGGGUAUGACGCUACAAGCUUGGCACACCUGUAUUUGGGGAGUUUCUCCCAUUCUUCUCUUCAGAUCCUCUCAAGCUCUGUCAGGUUGGAUGGGGAGCGUUGCUGCACAGUUAUUUUCAGGUCUCUCCAGAGAUGUUGGAUCGGGUUCAAAUCCGGGCUCUGGCUGGGCCACUCAGAUACUUGUCCCGAAGCCACUCCAGUGUUGUCUUGGCUGUGUGCUUAGGGUCGUUGUCCUGUUGGAAAGUGAACCUUCGCCCCAGUCUGAGGUCCUGAGCGCUCUGGAGCAGGUUUUCAUCAAGGAUCUUUCUGUACUUUGCUCUGUUAAUCUUUCCCUCGAUCCUGACUAGUCUCCCAGUCCCUGGUGCUGAAAAACAUCACCACAGCAUGAUGCUGCCACCACCAUGCUUCACCGUAGGGAUGGUGCCAGGUUUCCUCCAGGUGUGACGCUUGGCAUUCAGGCCAAAGAGUUCAAUCUUUAUUUCAUCAGACCAGAGAAUCUUGUUUCACAUGGUCAGAGGCGUUUUGGCAAACUCCAAGUGGCCUGUCGUGCGUUUUACUGAGUAUUGGCUUCCGUCUGGCCACUUUACCAUAAAGGCCUGAUUGCUAGAGUGCUGCAGAGAUGGUUGUACUUCUGGAAGUUUCUCCCAACUCCACAGAGGAACUCUGGAGCUCUGUCAGAGUGACCAUCAGGUUCUUGCUCACCUCCCUGACCAAGGCCCUUCUCCCCCGAUUGCUCAGUUUGGCCGGGCGGCCAGCUCUAGGGAGGGUCUUGGUUGUUCCAAUCUUCUUCCAUUUAAGAAUGUUGGAGGCCACUGUGUUCUUGGGGACCUUCCAUUUUUUGUACUCUUCCCCAGGUCUGUGCCUCGACACAGUCCUGUCUCGGAGUUCUAUGGACAAUUCCUUCGACCUCAUGGUUUGGUUUUUGCUCUGACAGGUGUGUGCCUUUCCAAAUCAUGUCAGAUCAAUUGAAUUUACCACAGGUGGACUCCAAUCAAGUUGUAGAAACAUCUCAAGGAUGAUCAAUGGAAACAGGAUGCACCUGAGCUCAAUUUCGAGUCUCAUAGCAAAGGGUCUGAAUACUUAUGUAAAUAAGGUAGUUCUGUUAUUUAUUUAUUUUUUUAACCUGUUUUUGCUUUGUCAUUAUGGGGUAUUAUGUGUAGGUUGAUGAGAUUUUUAUUUAUUUAAUCCAUUUUAGAAUAAGGCUGUAACGUAACAAAAUGUGGGAAAAAGUGAAGGGGUCUGAAUACUUUCCGAAUGCACUGUUCCACAUGAAGGAAAGACUAAUGGGUUUAUUGAAGGAAAGAGAGAGUCACUGUCUCAUCCCUUUACUAGAGUGACACAUUUGUUUCGGCAUAACCUAAUGACUAAAUCUUUGUUUUUAAUUGGUGGUUAUGUGCCUGCUGAACAAAGAGCGCUUAUUUGCGGUGAGGAGCGUGCUGAGAUAGUGGUUGGAAUAGGCUGGAAUAUGUGAUUUAAUUACGGCCAUGGGAAACACUCAGAGACGGAUAAAGCAAUGAGGCAAAUGGGAGAGAUGAGUAGGCCCUAAAUGGAGCUGUGCUGGUCUAGAGUCUAGACUUACCAGUGGGUCUGUGGGCGGGUGGAUUGAGACUAUGGUCUUGCCACCUUGCUGCCUUCAUUUUAUAGAUUUUUUUACAUAGUGAUUUUGGAAGACUUCAGACCAAAUGUAACUUGCUCAGGUUGCAUUGCAAGUCGAAAUGCUGAAUAGUGUUAACAGCAGAUCAGUUUAGAUUUGGUUUCCAUCCAGUAAAUUAUGGGCCACUCAGAUACUUGUCCCGAAGCCACUCCAGUGUACAGUGCUAUAAACAGUGCUAUAAACAGCCCAAAUGGAUGCCUUUUGGCCCAACUUGGCUUCCUAAUAGAGGUUAGUAGCUCGCUACUACCCUUUCAAAAUACCAUAAUUAGCCACCAUCCAAGUCUAUAAAGUUCCCUGGUAGAACUUGCCAGCCCCCCUGUUCUCAUUGUUUCCCCUUGUUUUCCCCAUUUCCCACCAGUCCAUUGUGACUACACUCGUCCAACAGAAGAGGCCUAUGGGCCAUACUCCUGCUAGCUGGUCCCAAGCCUCUUAAUUGUUGUAGAGGGGCGUGAGAGGGGAGGGAAUGAUGUAGCACAAUGGAGAGUGGUGUGGCCGUAUGCACACACCCAAGCCCGAUGACAGACAUAAUUUACGUAAUGACCUCUAGGGAGCUGCUGGGAAGACUGAGGGAAGCGAGGAAACUGACAGGAAGGGAGAGGAUGGGAGGGAGACGACUCAUUUGGUCACGUGGCAGACUAUGUAGUGGUGUACUAGACUGCAUGCUGGUUCAAAUUUAGAGAAUCAUUUAUUUUGACUGUGAUUUGUAGGUCAGUAGAGAUUUGAAAUUGCAAUGGUAGCCAGCAUUGUUUCAGUAAAGUUUAAAUGGUAGCCCACAUAUAAACUUACCGAAACAAACAUCAGAGGCCCAUGUCGGGUUCAAAUGCCAGGGUCAACAAUACAGCUCAAUUUUCAAAGUCAUGGCAAAGUAUUUGUUUUUAUAACACAGUCUAUGGUUUGGUGCUUUCUCUGUGAAGUAGCAUCUGGAGUUUUAACCACUACAUCCUUGCUGGUCAUCUGAAACUGUGUUGCAGUCAUCGCAAUAAUGAUUCUCUGUGUGAUGGGUUUGCAUAAGAGACCGCAGGCAGAAGAUUAAGGCAUACAGAUUGCGACAGUCUGGACUGGUGACAAAGAUAACAGGAGGGCUCAGUGUGUUAAUCGAAAAUCCUAUUUCCGUCAAUAUUUUGUGGCAUAUUUUUGUAAGUACUAUGUUCUUGUCAUCUUUCUGUAAAAUGAGCGACUUGGAACCAGUCCUGGCAGGCCACUUGAGGGUUUUCUACUGCCUGGUGUCAGUAGACAUUACAUUUGGUUAACUGGAUUACAAAAAUGUACUUGUGCCACGGUUGUUUGCUCAAAACAACAGUCAUCUAUAUGGGCUACACUUAUCCAUACUCUCUAAUCUCCCUCUAUGCCUUCUACCUCCACUCGCAUGCCCCUCUGUCCCUCUUUGUGUCUGUAAUUAGUCAUUAGGCAGGUUGAGACCUGCCUAGACCUUUACUAAAACAACCCCUUGGGACGGGAGUUUUCCCAGUGCUUUAUUCCCAGUGCUUUUCGACCACUGUGUGUGUUUGCGUGUGCACAGGAUUUAUUCUGGAUCAAAAAGGGGCUUAGGUGGUGGGCGUGGUAAUGGGCGUGGUAAUGGGCGCGGUAAUGGGCGCGGUCGGCACGGCUGCAUUUUUUUUUUUUUAUUUAGAGGCUCCCAUCUUGUCGGUGUAGACAUUUUAUUUUUUUGCCAAUUUCCUGCAAUUCUACACAUUUCUUCAUGUAGCUGAGAUAGCUUUUUACAGUUUUAAAGCACAUUUCCUGCCAUUCUACACUUUGCCAUGGAGCUGAGAGUUUUUUUUUUUGCAGUUUUAAAGCUAAUUUCCACACAGUCAUGCAAUCUUCAUAGACAAACAUUGGCAGUAGAAUAGCCUGACUGAAGAGCUCAGUGACUUUCAACGUGGCACUGUCAUAUGAUGCCACCUUUCCAACAAGUCAUUUAGUGAAAUUUCUGCCCUGCUAGAGCUGCCCCGGUCAACUGUAAGUGCUGUUAUUGUGACGUGGAAACAUCUAGGAGCAACAACGACUCAGCUGCGAACUGUUUGGACUGAGGUGGCCUGAAAAAACACUUAGGUGGCCUGCCUACCUAAUGGCAGAAAAAUCCCUGGUCCAUGCUUUUGUGCGUGCAUGUGUGUGGGCAGCAGUGUGUGUAUGUGUGUCUGUGACUGUGAGUGUGUUUACCUGUGUCGCCUCUAUGCCCGCUCUCUCUUGCCACAGACCCCAGCAUGUCCCUGCCUGUCCUUUCAGACACCACAGCUGAUUGGUACAGAGACAGCAGGCUUCUCUCAGCCUAGCUCCAUCACAGAAAAAAUGACCGCAUAAGUCAUUUGAGCCAGUCAUGAUAUGUGAAUAGCUGAUAGCGGAUCUAGCGAUAGCACACUCACUCCAACCUCACUGACUCUGCAUUGAGAAUUACCCAUAUCCAGGAAACACUUUGGGAAACCCCACAUUUUGUCUAAGGACAAAUCCAGGGCUUUCCAGCAUUUUUAGAGACGUAACAUCUGUCAGACGUAGAUAUAUAAUAUAACAAAACAAUUAACAGUUGAAACCGAGUUUCACUUUCAUCGACAACAACCAUAUGUUUUUCUUUGUUUAGGGAGAGAUAGCAGAGUGCCUGCUACUCUUCUUUCUGAGUGCUUGCUUGUUUGCAUUACCACUUGCAAACUGCUAAGGGCUGACAAGUUAUCCUUUACUUUAAAAACAGUACUGGAAUUUUGAAUGACAUGUUCCUGUUAUUUGUAACACAUGCAUUUUAAUGACAACUCGACACAUCUUAUGAGACCUUGCUAUGAGUUUGAAGGUUGCCUACUGUAUGUUGACUAAACAGGUGAAAAGCAACUAGGAAUCUAGCUUAUAUUACACACACUUGUGAGCAUUGUGUGUGUGUGUGUGUGUGUGUGUGUGUGUGUGUGUGUGUGUGUGUCUGUGUGUGCGUGCGUGCGUAUAGAAAUUCACCCCGAUCAUUCUUCCUUUCUAAUUGUAUGUUGGGAUGAUUCAUAAAUCUCAGCUGUUACGUGCCUUAUUUUGCAGUCAAACAAGGGCAUGAGUUCUUAUACUUGUUAAGGUAGACCUUCAUUGGCAUUACUAAAUGUUUUGGUUAACCAAAGUUAAAUUAGGAUGACGUUAGUUAGGAUUAAGACUCCUCUGAGAUGUUUGGUCUUGUACAAUAAGUCAUUGGUUCUACUUUGCAUUUUCUCAGUGGGAUUCAGCCAAAUUAAGAAUAAUCUAAACGUGUUGUGAACGUUGCUUCUAUCUCCAAACAGUCUUGAAUGCUAGACAUAGGGGUGCUCUCCCCUCACUAGUCUAGCUAGGUCCACCUCUAUCUCAGUAAACGUGGUAACAAUGGACCUCAGAUGGCCCAUAAAAAGAGUCGCAGUGACCGUGGCAUAGUGUACCAACCGUUGUUCCCUUCUUCCUUCCUGCUUUGCGGAAUAACGAGUCCCAGGCAUUUAUUGGAGAGUUUAUUAUUGGCAUAGCUCACUGACAGAUCUGGGAAAAGUUUAUAGAAAUGUUUUCAUUACGGCCUGCUAUUGUUGCAAGCAGGGACGGUUGAUGGGAAGGAGUUUUGGCUAUUGUUUAACACCCGCUGAUGGAUAAGAGGAAGCUGGAGUUCAAAGCAUGGAGACAAAGUGAGGACAGGAUACCCCAUCUUGGUCCAGGGGGAGGUAUGGAUAGAGUGUCUCAGCGUAUGAGUGCUGAUCUAUGGCUGGGCAAUAUGGCCAAAAUAUCUAUAUUUUUCUUAAUUUUUGACGGUAUGACAGUAUUAGACGGUAUUUUAUGUUUUUGAGUAGUAACAGUUAUACAUUUGCUUUAUGAGUUGUGCAUGACCUUAGGGUGGCAACUCAUACAUUCUAAGUGAUUUCAAUGGAGCUUUCUCCAUUCUGAUUUUGUUUUAUACUGUUCAAUCAAACUUCAACCAAAAGUUGAUCUCAUUUGAGAUCAUUUCCACACUGCCACGUAGGGCUCCACGAUAUGGGCAAAACAUCUAGGCCUUACUUUUAACCACAUUUUGCAAUUGCGAUUUGACAUGUGAUUUAGAUCAAAACACUUGGGUGAACUGUUGGAAUCAUGGAAAUAAAAUGAUUAUUCUAAUUCUAUAGGUAGAAUGUAAUAGUGGGCACUUUGAAUACAGAGUUGUUUGACAUGACAACAAAUGAAACAAGCUGACAAUCUGUACUUUAACUUCAUAGUCAUUGUAUCAUUUCAAAUCCAAAGUGCUGGAGUACAGAGCCAAAACAACAAAAUACUUUUAGAGCUCAAUGUAUUGUAAAAUACGGUAUACUGCCCAGCCCUAUGCUGAUCUAGGAUCAGCUUUGCCUUUUUAGAUCAUAAUGAAUCAGAUUAUUAUGGACAGGGAGGACCUAGUCCUAGAUCAGCACUCCUACUCUGAGAGGUUUGAUAAAUGUGCAAUUUGCCUGCCCCGCCCACCUGAGGAUCUCUUUUUUCAGCCAUCUAUUUCUUGUGUUUGAGGGGUGCAAAAUCCACUUGGCACUUAAAUCUCGCUGGAUUGAUGGCUUUCAUUGUACUCCUGCAACUCUUUCAUGCUCUUGCUUGUGCCUGUCGUUUUUUGCCGUUACGACCGCGGAAAUGUUUAUAAUGACCUGUCAAACACACUCCGGUAAUGGCUGAAAUGGGCUCAAUGGAAUACAUCGUCUUUCCGUCGUUGCAUCUAUAAGAACGCUAAAGUUUCGUCAGGCAUUUAACGCAUCAUAUCAACACUUACAUCACAAGAAAGGGAAGAAAGAUAACUAUUUUGAUGGGUGUACAUUUUAUGUGGAAUUGAAAAUAGUAAUCAUUUAAUUACAGUUGACAUUUUUACAAAUUUGAUGCGCUGAAAUGAAAGCAACUUCCGAAAACGAACACUCAGAUUAUAGUGAUAUUAUGUCUGAUCUCGCAAACUAUGUAAAGUAUGUAUAGAUAGGUGUUAUCUAGAGCCAAGCGUGUUGAAUUUUUAUCUUACGGUAUCCUGCUAUUGACACGUGUUGAAUUAUGCAACAGAACGUGACCACAGCAGUAAUUAAGGAGGCAAUCUAGACAGCACAGGUGAAUGCAGGUAGACCUAGACAGAGCAAGUUUUUGGUGGUUGCAGUCCUCUUCCACCCCUUUAUGUUAAUAUAUUCAUACAGUGCCUUCGGAAAGUAUUCAGAUCCCAUGAAGUUUUCCACAUUUUGUUACAUUACAGCCUUAUUCUAAAAUGUAUUAAAAUGUUUUUUUCCCCCCUCAUCAAUCUACACACAAUACCCCAUAAUGACAAAGAUAAAAAAAAACAUGUUUUUAGAAAUCUUUGCUAAUUUAUAAAAAAUAAAAAAACGGAUAUAACAUUUACAUAAGUAUUCAGACCCUUUACUCAGUACUUUGUUGAAGCACCUUUGGCAGCGAUUACAGCCUCGAGUCUACUUGGGGAUGACGCUACAAGCUUGGUACACCUGUAUUUGGGGAGUUUCUCCCCUUCUCUGCAGAUCCUCUCAAGCUCUGUCAAGUUGGAUGGGGAGCGUCGCUGCACAGCUAUUUUCAGGUCUCUCCAGAGAUAUUAGAUUGGGUUCAAGUCCGGGCUCUGGCUGGGCCACACAAGGACAUUCAGAGACUUGUCCCGAAGCCACUCUUGCGUUGUCUUGGCUGUGUGCUUAGGGUCAUUGUCCUGUUGGAAGGUGAACCUUCGCCCCAGUCUGAGGACCUGAGCGCUCUGGAGCAGGUUUUCAUCAAGGAUCUCUCUGUACUUUGCUCCGUUCAUCUUUGCCUCGAUCCUGACUAGUCUCCCAGUCCCUGCCGGUGAAAAACAUCCCCACAACAUGAUGCUGCCACCAUGCUUCACCGUAGGGAUGGUGCCAGGUUUCCUCCAGACUUGACGCUUGAGGAAACCUGGCCAUUCAGACCAAAUAGUUCAAUCUUCGUUUCAUCAGACCAGAGAAUCUUGUUUUUAGGUGCCUUUUGGAAAACUCCAAGCUUGCUGUCGGGCCUUUUACUGAGGAGUGGCUUCCGUCUGGCCACUCUACCAUAAAGGCCUGAUUGGUGGAGUGUGGCAGAGAUGGUUGUCCUUCUGGAAGGUUCUCCCAUCUCCACAGAGGAACUCUAGAGCUCUGUCAGAGUGACCAUCAGGUUCUUGGUCACCCCACUGACCAAGGCCCUUCUCCCCCGAUUUCUCAGUUUGGCAGGGCGGCCAGCUCUAGGAAGAGUCUUGGUGGUUCCAAACUUCUUCCAUUUAAGAAUGAUGGAGGCCACUGUGUUUUUGGCGACCUUAAAUGCUGCAGAAAUGUUUUGGUACCCUUCCCCAGAUCUGUGCCUCGACACAAUCCUCUCUCAGAGCUCUACAAACAAUUCCUUCAACCUCAUGGCUUGGUUUUUGCUCUGACAUGCACUGUCAACUGUGGGACCUUAUAUAGACAGGUGUGUGCCUUUCCAAAUAAUGUCAAAUCAAUUGAAUUUACCACAGGUGGACUCCAAUCAAGUUGUAGAAACAUCUCAAGGAUGAUCAAUGGAAACAGGAUGCACCCGAGCUCAAUUUCGAAACUCAUAGCAAAGGGUCUGAAUACUAAUGUAAAUAAGGUAUUUCUGUUUUUUAUUUUAUUUUUAUUUAAUCCGUUAUAGAAUAAGGCUGUAACGUAACAAAAUGUUGAAAAAGUCAAGAGGUCUGAAUACUUUCCGAAGGCACUGUAUAUUCAAAUACACCCAGUAAUAUGUAUGCAAAUGAGGCACAUAUACUUUUCUUUAUUUUAAAACAAAAUAUAAAAAUUAUACCUGAUACCAUUACAAAAUGUAUAAAUAAGUGCAUUCUAUGUUGAGAAAUUGAAUACCUGAAUUCCCAUCAAAAUCCCUGAACUUCAUUCAUUAUUUGUCUGUGCCAGUAAAAGGUUUUAUGUACUAUAAUUCAGUCAAUACCUGAAGGAUUAAAAACAUUCUAAAAGUUUUGUGUGUCUUCAUCCAUUGUCCAACUGUUUCCCCCCAUUAAGUCAUGUCAUGUUGGGCCCAAGCCGUGUGGUUGUCUUUUAGGAACACUACAGGGCUGAGGAUUCCAUUGCCAAGUGUUUUAAACACAUGACAAGAGCAAUUUAGUGUGAUCUUAGACUUGGCACUUUCCGUGGGCGAAACAGGGCCCACACUUCAAUUAGAAGACUAACUGCAGAUUAAUUUAAUACUUGGGAGUUUUUAAUGCCUGAUACGUUCAAGUCAGCAAGCGAUUUAUUGGAUCAGGUUGCCAGCAUAUAUAAAAAUCACAUUAAAUGCACAAACAAAUAUUUGCCUUGGCCUAUAUAAUUAUCUUUAAAUUUCAGAUGGCAGCACCCUUCUCUCGUUGCAGCUCAGUGAAAUAUUGGAUCGGCACGGCACAGUCUUUAUGGCAGAGGAAGACAUAAUUCUGUCAGCUUGGGUCUCUUCAGUGAGAGGGGGCCUGGUUCUAAGGCCUACAGCUUGUUCUUGAGAACGUGAUUUAACACGUUGUACCCUGUUUUUCCUGACCUUGUUCUAUUAGCUCCCUAUUUGUUUGGGAAUCUGAAAUGAUACCCAAUAUGCUGAACGUUUUUGUGAUUUCCCCAAGACUGCAUCCAAAGAAAUGUAAUGUCUUCUCUAAUGCAAUUGCAACAGCCAGUCCUGUGGAUUUGUAUGCUACCUUCUCAGGGUUGUAGCUAGAUUGUGUUUGUCAGUGACCUCUGACCAUCUUUAUGUAGUCUAUUAAUUUCCCCCCUUUUUAUUAAAAUGUUGGUUAAAGGCCCAGUUCAGCCUUUUUUUAUAUCAAUAUCAAGUCAUUUCUGGGUAACAAUUAAGUACCUUACUGUAAUAGUUUUCUAUUAAAAUGGACAGAAAUAGCUUUUUAGCUAAAAACUAUUUCACAAGCUGAAAUGUUGCUGUCUGGGAGUGGUCUGAGUGGGAGUUUUCUGUAAUUGGCAGAGAGGUUUGGAACUCUCUUUGUUAUUGGUCUAUUAACAAAUUUACUGCCUGGUGCUGACACCAGGCAAGCCGAAACUCCCGCCCAUGCAAACAGGCUAAUUUAUAAGGUCCUGUGUAAAUUGUAUUUUCAACCAACAACAAGGAAAUAACGCUUAUCAAAUUCUUUCACAAUUUUACAUUGUUAGUUUCAUCAGCUGUUGUACAAUAUGAUACAAAACACAGGAAAGCAGAAUUUUGAAUGCACUGGGCCUUUAUAAAAAGGAAUUUAAGACCAGCCUCUCCCUCAACGUGACCAAGACAAAGGAGAUGAUUGUGGACUACAGGGGAAAAAAAGAGGACUGAGCACACCCCCAUUCUCAUCGACGGGGCUGAGAGCUUCAAGUUCCUUGGUGUCCACAUCACCAACGAACUAUCAUGGUCCAAACACACAAAGACAGUUGUGAAGAGGGCACGACAAAGCCUAUUCCCCAUCAGGAGACUUGGGUCCUCAGAUCCUCAAAAAGUUCUACAGCUGCACCAUCGAGAGCAUCCUGACUGGUUGCAUCACCGCCUGGUAUGGCAACUGCUCGGCCUCCGACCGCAAGGCACUACAGAGGGUAGUGCGUACGGCCCAGUACAUCACUGGGGCCAAGCUUCCUGCCAUCCAGGACCUCUAUACCAGGCGGUGUCAGAGGAAGGCCCUCAAAAUUGUCAAAAAAAACAGCCAUCCUAGUCAUAGACUGUUCUCUCUGCUACCGCACGGCAAGCGGUACCGGAGCGCCAAGUCAAGGUCCAAAAGACUUCUCAACAGCUUCUAACCCCAAGCCAUAAGACUACUGAACAGCUAAUUUGGCAACCCAGACUAUUUGCACUGCCCCCCACCCCAACCCUAUCCUUUUACGCUGCUGCUACUCUGUUAAUUAUUUAUGCAUAGUCACUUUAACUCUACCCACAUGUACAUAUUACCUCAAUUACCACAACUAGCCGGUGCCCCCGCACAUUGACUCUGCACCGGUACCCCCCUGUAUAUACAGUGGGGGAAAAAAGUAUUUAGUCAGCCACCAAUUGUGCAAGUUCUCCCACUUAAAAAGAUGAGAGAGGCCUGUAAUUUUCAUCAUAGGUACACGUCCACUAUGACAGACAAAAUGAGAAAAAUAUAUCCAGAAAAUCACGUUGUAGGAUUUUUAAUGAAUUUAUUUGCAAAUUAUGGUGGAAAAUAAGUAUUUGGUCAAUAACAAAAGUUUCUCAAUACUUUGUUAUAUACCCUUUGUUGGCAAUGACACAGGUCAAACGUUUUCUGUAAGUCUUCACAAGGUUUUCACACACUGUUGCUGGUAUUUUGGCCCAUUCCUCCAUGCAGAUCUCCUCUAGAGCAGUGAUGUUUUGGGGGCUGUCGCUGGGCAACACGGACUUUCAACUCCCUCCAAAGAUUUUCUAUGGGGUUGAGAUCUGGAGACUGGCUAGGCCACUCCAGGACCUUGAAAUGCUUCUUACGAAGCCACUCCUUCGUUGCCCGGGCGGUGUGUUUGGGAUCAUUGUCAUGCUGAAAGACCCAGCCACGUUUCAUCUUCAAUGCCCUUGCUGAUGGAAGGAGGUUUUCACUCAAAAUCUCACGAUACGUGGCCCCAUUCAUUCUUUCCUUUACACGGAUCAGUCGUCCUGGUCCCUUUGCAGAAAAACAGCCCCAAAGCAUGAUGUUUCCACCCCCAUGCUUCACAGUAGGUAUGGUGUUCUUUGGAUGCAACUCAGCAUUCUUUGUCCUCCAAACACGACGAGUUGAGUUUUUACCAAAAAGUUAUAUUUUGGUUUAAUCUUACCAUAUGACAUUCUCCCAAUCCUCUUCUGGAUCAUCCAAAUGCACUCUAGCAAACUUCAGACGGGCCUGGACAUGUACUGGCUUAAGCAGGGGGACACGUCUGGCACUGCAGGAUUUGAGUCCCUGGCGGCGUAGUGUGUUACUGAUGGUAGGCUUUGUUACUUUGGUCCCAGCUCUCUGCAGGUCAUUCACUAGUUCCCCCUGUGUGGUUCUGGGAUUUUUGCUCACCGUUCUUGUGAUCAUUUUGACCCCACGGGGUGAGAUCUUGCGUGGAGCCCCAGAUUGAGGGAGAUUAUCAGUGGUCUUGUAUGUCUUCCAUUUCCUAAUAAUUGCUCCCACAGUUGAUUUCUUCAAACCAAGCUGCUUACCUAUUGCAGAUUCAGUCUUCCCAGCCUGGUGCAGGUCUACAAUUUUGUUUCUGGUGUCCUUUGACAGCUCUUUGGUCUUGGCCAUAGUGGAGUUUGGAGUGUGACUGUUUGAGGUUGUGGACAGGUGUAUUCUAUACUGAUAACAAGUUAAAACAGGUGCCAUUAAUACAGGUAACGAGUGGAGGACAGAGGAGCCUCUUAAAGAAGAAGUUACAGGUCUGUGAGAGCCAGAAAUCUUGCUUGUUUGUAGGUGACCAAAUACUUAUUUUCCACCAUAAUUUGCAAAAAAAAUUCUCAAUUUGUCUGUCAUAGUUGACGUGUACCUAUGAUGAAAAUUACAGGCCUCUCUCAACUUUUUAAGUGGGAGAACUUGCACAAUUGGUGGCUGACUAAAUACUUUUCCCCCCACUGUAGCCUCCCUACUGUUAUUUUAUUUUACUUCUGCUCUUUUUUUCUCAACACUUUUUUGUUGUGGUUUUAUUUUACUUUUUUAUAAAAAAAUAAAUGCAUUGUUGGUUAAGGCUGUAAGUAAGCAUUUCACGGUAAUGGCUACACCUGUUGUAUUCGGCACAUAUGGCAAAUAAAAUUUGAUUUGAUUUAAUCUAAUUUUCUUGCCAUAGUGUUCUGUUGGUUUUGAGUUUACAGAAAGGAACACAGGAUGCAGUGCAGGCAUUGUGAAUAGAUUAGAUCAGCUUUAAUAUUGCAGAUAGAUUGUAGCUUCAAUCAAUGUAAUUGUCUGCAUAAUUUCCAAUCCCCCAUUUAUGUUUAUGUAAAUAUAUAUACAUGUAAAUACAGUACCAGUCAAAAGUUUGGAAACACCUACUCAUUCAAGGUUUUUCUUUAUUUUUAAUAUUUUCUACAUUGUAGAAUAAUAGUGAAGACAUCAAAACUAUGAAAUAACACAUAUGGAAUCAUGUAGUAAUCAAUAAAGUUUUAAACAAAUCAAAAUAUAUUUUAUAUUUGAGAUUAUUCAAAGUAGCCACCCUUUGCCUUGAAGACAGCUUUGCACACUCUUGUCAUUCUCUCAACAAACAUCAUGAGGUAGUCACCUGGAGUGUGUUUCAAUUAACAGGUGUGCCUUGUUAAAAGUUAAUGUGUGGAAUUUAUUUAUUUCUUAAUGCAUUUGAGCCAAUCAGUUGUUGGUUGGUAUACAGAAGUUAGUCCUAUUUGGUAAAAGUCCAUAUUAUGACAAGAACAGCUCAAAUAAGCAAAAUAAAUGACAGUCCAUCAUUACUUUAAGACAUGAAGGUCAGUCAAUCCAGAACAUUUUAAGAACUUUGAACGUUUCUUCAAGUGCAGUCGCAAAAACCAUCAAGCUCUAUGAUGAAACUAGCUCUCAUGAGGACCACCACAGGCAAAGAAGACCCAGAGUCACCUCCGCUGCAGAGGAUAAGUUCAUUAGAGUUACCAGCCUCAGAAAUUGCAGCCCAAAUACAUGCUUCAGAGUUCAAGUAACGGACGCAUCUCAACAUCAACUCUUCAGAGGGGACUGCAUGAAUCAGGCCUUCAUGGUCAAAUUGCUGCAAAGAAACCACUACUAAAGGACACCAAUAAUUAGAAAAGACUUGCUUGGGCCAAGAAACACGAGCAAUGGACAUUACACCAGUGGAAAUCUGUCCUUUGGUCUGUUGAGUCCAAAUUUGCGAUUUUUGGUUCCAACUGCUGUCUCUUUGUGAGACAGCAGUUGGAAGAGUAGGUGAAUGGAUGAUCUCCGCAUGUGUGGUUCCCACCGUGAAGCAUGGAGGAGGAGGUGUGACGGUGUGGGUGUGCUUUGCUGGUGGCAUUCCGCAGCGAUACAACAUCACAUGGUUUGCGCUUAGUGGGACUAUCAUUUGUUUUUCAACAGGACAAUGACCCCCAAACACACUUCCAGGCUGUGUAAGGGCUAUUUGACCAAGUGCUGUAUCAGAUGACCUGGCCUCCACAAUCACCCGACCUCACCCAAUUGAGAUGGUUUGGAAUGAGUUGGACCUCAGAGUGAAGGAAAAGCAGCCAACAAGUGCUCAGCAUAUGUGGGAAUUCCAAGACUGUUGGAAAAGCAUUCCAGGUGACUACCUCAUGAAGCUGGUUGAGAGAAUGCCAAGAGUGUGCAAAGCUGUCAUCAAGGCAAAGGGUGGCUAUUUGAAGAAUCUCAAAUAUAAAAUAUAUUUUGAUUUGUUUAACACUUUUUUGGUUACUACAUGAUUCCAUAUGUGUUAUUUAAUAGUUUUAAUGUCUUCACUAUUAUUCUACAGUGUAAAAAUAGUAAAAGUAAAGAAAAACCCUUGAAUGAAUAGCUGUGUCCAAACUUUUGACUGGUAGUGUAUGUGUGUGUAUACAUUUACAUUUACGUCAUUUAGCAGACGCUCUUAUCCAGAGCAACUUACAGUUAGUGCAUACAUUAUAUUUUAUUUUUUUCAUACUGGUCCCCUGUGGGAAUCGAACCCACAACCCUGGCGUUGCAAACGCCAUGCUCUACCAACUGAGCUACCUCCCUAUAUAUAUAUAUAUAUAUAUAUAUAUACAGUGGGGAGAACAAGUAUUUGAUACAGUGCCGAUUUUGCAGGUUUUCCUACUUACAAAGCAUGUAGAGGUCUGUAAUUUUUAUCAUAGGUACACUUAAACUGUGAGAGACGGAAUCUAAAACAAAAAUCCAGAAAAUCACAUUGUAUGAUUUUUAAGUAAUUCAAUUUGCAUUUUAUUGCAUGACAUAAGUAUUUGAUACAUCAGAAAAGCAGAACUUAAUAUUUGGUACAGAAACCUUUGUUUGCAAUUACAGAGAUCAUGAUCAUACAUUUCAUGUAGGUCUUGACCAGGUUUGCACACACUGCAGCAGGGAUUUUGGCCCACUCCUCCAUACAGACCUUCUCCAGAUCCUUCAGGUUUCGGGGCUGUCGCUGGGCAAUACGGACUUUCAGCUCCCUCCAAAGAUUUUCUAUUGGGUUCCGGUCUGGAGACUGGCUAGGCCACUCCAGGACCUUGAGAUGCUUCUUACGGAGCCACUCCUUAGUUGCCCUGGCUGUGUGUUUCGGGUCGUUGUCAUGCUGGAAGACCCAGCCACGACCCAUCUUCAAUGCUCUUACUGAUGGAAGGAGGUUGUUGGCCAAGAUCUCGCGAUACAUGGCCCCAUCCAUCCUCCCCUCAAUACGGUGCAGUCGUCCUGUCCCCUUUUCAGAAAAGCAUCCCCAAAGAAUGAUGUUUCCACCUCCAUGCUUCACGGUUGGGAUGGUGUUCUUGGGGUUGUACUCAUCCUUCUUCCUCCAAACACGGCGAGUGGAGUUUAGACCAAAAAGCUCUAUUUUUGUCUCAUCAGACCACAUGACCUUCUCCCAUUCCUCCUCUUGAUCAUCCAGAUGGUCAUUGGCAAACUUCAGACGGGCCUGGACAUGCGCUGGCUUGAGCAGGUGGACCUUGCGUGCGCUGCAGGAUUUUAAUCCAUGACGGCGUAGUGUGUUACUAAUGGUUUUCUUUGAGACUGUGGUCCCAGCUCUCUUCAGGUCAUUGACCAGGUCCUGCCGUGUAGUUCUGGGCUGAUCCAUCACCUUCCUCAUGAUCAUUGAUGCCCCACGAGGUGAGAUCUUGCAUGGAGCCCCAGACCGAGGAUGAUUGACCGUCAUCUUGAACUUCUUCCAUUUUCUAAUAAUUGCGCCAACAGUUGUUGCCUUCUCACCAAGCUGCUUGCCUAUUGUCCUGUAGCCCAUCCCAGCCUUGUGCAGGUCUACAAUUUUAUCCCUGAUGUCCUUACACAGCUGUCUGGUCUUGGCCAUUGUGGAGAGGUUGGAGUCUGUUUGAUUGAGUGUGUGGACAGGUGUCUUUUAUACAGGUAACGAGUUCAAACAGGUGCAGUUAAUACAGGUAAUGAGUGGAGAACAGGAGGGCUUCUUAAAGAAAAACUAACAGGUCUGUGAGAGACGGAAUUCUUACUGGUUGGUAGGUGAUCAAAUACUUAUGUCAUGCAAUAAAAUGCAAAUUAAUUACUUAAAAAUCAUACAAUGUGAUUUUCUGGAUUUUUGUUUUAGAUUCCGUCUCUCACAGCUGAAGUGUACCUAUGAUAAAAAUUACAGACCUCUACAUGCUUUGUAAGUAGGAAAACCUGCAAAAUCCGCAGUGGAUCAAAUACUUGUUAUCCCCACUGUGUGUGUAUGUAUGUGUAUAUAUAUAUAUAUAUAUAUAAUUUUUGGGGAUGACAAAAUAGACUAAACACACCACAAAAUCCGCACCAAGUGAUUUUAAUUUAAGAAAUCUGUUCCCAAGUAUUCCCACGCAUAAUAGAGAGAAACGUGAUCGUAUACAAAUGUAAGCAAUGUUUGAAAUUAUUAUGUUUUAGUCUAACAUUAAAUCUGUUUGGGCUUUUUGCGGUCUGCAAAUUAUUUGUAAUUAUGUUCUGGCCCCCCGACCAUCCGCUCAAGAAAAAAUCGGCCCACGGCUGAAUCUAGUUGAUGAUCUCUGAUGUAGUCCUACCUUUUUAAUUACACCAUUGUGAAAGUCUAGACUUAAGAAUCAAUUACAUUGCCGUUCUACAAGCUGUGAGCCCCAAAAGUACGCCUAAUGGUUUGUCAAGAGAAAGUUUUCCUUAUAUUAGUAGUAUAUCCCUGCCCCUCAGCUCUUGCCUAUUUAUUUCUCUUCCUCUCUCUUUUCCCUCUGCUCCCUUUCCCCCUCCCUCUCCCUUCCUCCUCAGUGAAGUUUCAGUGAUAUGUGAUAUCACAAUCCUGACACAGCACUUCCUCUCAGUCCCUCCUCAGUUUCAGCUCGUUCUUGCCUCUGGGCGAUCACGCUGCCUCUUUGGACAAUGCCCGUCCUUGUUUGUAUCGCCCCCUCAUUUCGGGAAGCCCGAUGUUACUGGUAACCACUCGCGGGUCAGGAUGAUGAGGUCACCGGUACUGAGUGGCCUGCCUUGCCCUCUGCUUCCUUGUUCGAUGGCAGGAGGUGGGGCGUGGUCCAAUAGGAAACAAUGGAAGCUUCUGAUGUGAUAUGGACAGACAGACUGACCUAAACAGUCAGACAAGCAGAUAAGUUGAUGGAGGUCAAAUAAUGGCCUUGUGUCAUCAUUACUCCCCAAUGCAGGAGGGUUGGUAUGGGCUACUUUUGGUACCUAUGACCCUCCUUAUCCACACACUCACUGUUAUAGUAGUUGCUUUAUCUAUAAAUUCGCUCUACAACUGGACCAACCUAUGGCCGGUUGACAGAACUGCUAUACAACACGUCAAAGAAACAGAGUGAUGCAUACAGACCGCAGCAUGAGCAGAUAAUACACAUUGGACCAGCUGUCAUCAGACUGGAAUUGCGGUUAUGUCAUCACCAUGACUCAAUUGUUUGUUGUUGUCUAGUCCCAGUUUGGCCAUUGGCUUGGGAUCAGCUUUCAGAAUGGGUCAGUGACAGGGUUAGCUUUCACUUCUUCACGGUAGCUUUUAGGGCUGUGUUCAUGGACUUAGUUCACCAGAGUUGAGAUCAGUUUGAUUUCCAUACCAAACAAAGAACUGAAACUGAGAUAUAAGUGUGACAAUGGCAUUUCCGGUUCAAAGUUCAUCCAAUUCAAGCCUGGAUUGACCGGCUUUGAAAUGGGACUGACCUGAACUGAUGCAGAGUGCCCUCAAAGACAAACUUGCUGUGAACUGAUCAAAAUAAUAUGAAUAUGGUUAUUAGACUAUAUUGUCUUCCAAAGAAAAUAUCCAUUUAUGUAGGCUACACAUGUUCAACACUCCACUCCAUUUUGUACUGAAUGACUUUGAUUUGAUCCGUGAAGUUCUGCCGUCUUGCCCGUCCAAGUGUUGUUGUGAGUCCUGUCCGUAAUGAUGAUUUGCUUACUGUAAGUCUCACUCAAAUGAUCAAGCUCCAGCUCAAGCGCCAUGGAUCUUCCUUCUCCCUCACCUUUCUCCUCCUCUCCUCUCUCCAUCCGUAUGUGUGUUUCAGCUAAGCCUGCAGACAAAAAUCAGGCUGAAAAAAACAAGAGCACUGUCAUUUAAAAAUCAAAAAACUUUGACAAACUCAUUAAGUCACUGCCACUGUUUUCCCCAAUCCUCUCACACUUGUAUGCCACAUUUUUAACUAUUGAGUUUCCUCUACUACGCCAAGUAAGUUGACAGUGAGAAUUGAAAGGUUCAGAAUUUUUGUAAAACAUCACAGUACAGUUGAAAUAUACAGUGGGGAGAACAAGUAUUUGAUACACUGCCGAUUUUGCAGGUUUUCCUACUUACAAAGCAUGUAGAGGUCUGUAAUCUUUAUCAUAGGUACACUUCAACUGUGAGAGACGGAAUCUAAAACAAAAAUCCAGAAAAUCACAUUGUAUGAUUUUUAAGUAAUUAAUUUGCAUUUUAUUGCAUGACAUAAGUAUUUGAUCACCUACCAACCAGUAAGAAUUCCGUCUCUCACAGACCUGUUAGUUUUUCUUUAAGAAGCCCUCCUGUUCUCCACUCAUUACCUGUAUUAACUGCACCUGUUUGAACUCGUUACCUGUAUAAAAGACACCUGUCCACACACUCAAUCAAACAGACUCCAACCUCUCCACAAUGGCCAAGACCAGACAGCUGUGUAAGGACAUCAGGGAUAAAAUUGUAGACCUGCACAAGGCUGGGAUGGGCUACAGGACAAUAGGCAAGCAGCUUGGUGAGAAGGCAACCACUGUUGGCGCAAUUAUUAGAAAAUGGAAGAAGUUCAAGAUGACGGUCAAUCACCCUCGGUCUGGGGCUCCAUGCAAGAUCUCACCUCGUGGGGCAUCAAUGAUCAUGAGGAAGGUGAGGGAUCAGCCCAGAACUACACGGCAGGACCUGGUCAAUGACCUGAAGAGAGCUGGGACCACAGUCUCAAAGAAAACCAUUAGUAACACACUACACCGUCAUGGAUUAAAAUCCUGCAGCGCACGCAAGGUCCCCCUGCUCAAGCCAGCGCAUGUCCAGGCCCGUCUGAAGUUUGCCAAUGAUCAUCUGGAUGAUCCAGAGGAGGAAUGGGAGAAGGUCAUGUGGUCUGAUGAGACAAAAAUAGAGCUUUUUGGUCUAAACUCCACUCGCCGUGUUUGGAGGAAGAAGAAGGAUGAGUACAACCCCAAGAACACCAUCCCAACCGUGAAGCAUGGAGGUGGAAACAUCAUUCUUUGGGGAUGCUUUUCUGCAAAGGGGACAGGACGACUGCACCGUAUUGAGGGGAGGAUGGAUGGGGCCAUGUAUCGCGAGAUCUUGGAAGAUGGGUCGUGGCUGGGUCUUCCAGCAUGACAACGACCCAAAACACACAGCCAGGGCAACUAAGGAGUGGCUCCGUAAGAAGCAUCUCAAGGUUCUGGAGUGGCCUAGCCAGUCUCCAGACCUGAACCCAAUAGAACAUAUUUGGAGGGAGCUGAAAGUCCGUAUUGCCCAGCGACAGCCCCGAAACCUGAAGGAUCUGGAGAAGGUCUGUAAGGAGGAGUGGGCCAAAAUCCCUGCUGCAGUGUGUGCAAACCUGGUCAAGACCUACAGGAAACGUAUGAUCUCUGUAAUUGCAAACAAAGGUUUCUGUACCAAAUAUUAAGUUCUGCUUUUCUGAUGUAUCAAAUACUUAUGUCAUGCAAUAAAAUGCAAAUUAUUUACUUUAAAAUCAUACAAUGUGAUUUUCUGGAUUUUUGUUUUAGAUUCCGUUUCUCACAGUUGAAGUGUACCUAUGAUAAAAAUGACAGACCUCUACAUGCUUUGUAAGUAGGAAAACCUGCAAAAUCGGUGUUGAAUGGAGCUGAAGGAUAGGACUAAUAACAACUAACAACAAAAUAAUAACAAGUUAACUAAUAAUGUAAGCAUACUGUGUCCAUAAUAAGUAUAUAGGUUGCUUUUGGGAAAGAGCUCAGUUAGAAAGAUAUGGCAUAUAGAAGCAAACCGGAUGGACAUCAUGAAAAUGAUCGGAGAGGUUGAGAGUAGUAGUUCAGGAGAGAAAGAAUAUAAAUAUAAUUAUUGUAAAAUUGACUGUGUCCAUAAAAUAUAGAUAGUAAGUAUAAGCUGGAAGUAGAGGCCUAAGCAUUGUUGUUCACUAGUUUACCCCAAGUAGGGAACGGGUGGCGGGGUUGGAGAGUAAUAAAGGGGAAUAUAUAUAAAAAAAACAUGGUGGAUUGGAAGUGAUGCAGACAAUUACAUUGAUGGAAGUUACAAUCUAUCUGCAAUAUUAAGCUGAUCUACCCCCCCCCCCCCCAAAAAAUAAUAUAAAGUUGACAGUAGACCAGUGCGUAGUGCUAAGUUGCAUCUAGGCUCAGUCAUCCAUUUGGCUGACACGUUUCCUGCUAUUUGUUUUCACUCAGUGUCACUCAAAUCAAAAUUGUGUAUUUUUAUUCCUCAUGCGUCAGUGAACAAUUACACCCCUUCAGAGGUAGGAAAACAUCCUGUUUUGUAUAAUUAGGCCAGUGGAAGUUGUUGGGUAACAAGGCUUACCGAUUCGUGACAGGUGGUUGCUUGUUUUUUACAGUACAUUUGCAUACCUGUUGUCAGCUUCAGUCAGCGAGGUCAGGGGAAUUUGGCAUUGCUCAUGCAAAUGAAGUCCUGUUUAUGGGAGGAGAGUUAUCGCAAAUGUACAAUGGAAUGUUCAGACACGCAAGGGUCACUCAGUCCACUACUCAAAAUAGCCUACACUGCAUGGAACUGGAGCUCAAAAUGCACUCAACAUGUGUUUCAUUUAAUGAUUAGGAAUGUCCUAACAACACCCAUAGUAUAUUUUCCCCCCUCUCUGUUGUCCAAGUGGAAAAUAUUCAAUUUGGGGCUCACAAAGUCUAGUCUUUGAUGCCUAACCAAACCAUUGUGUACCAAAAAAUAUUGGCCAGGUCCCUGCUAUCUUUAUCCACUUCCUUGAAACAAUGUUCCUUCCCAUCACUAACAUUUAUCUUGGUGACUUUCCUUUCCUCCUUUUUGAGCCAGUUCUUUCAACCAUUUUGGCAAAUGAGGUCAGAUAUAUGGCAUUGGGGGUGGGAAUGAUGAAAGCAUUCACUGCGAACCGACGCAGCUCCGUGUCUCUUCAGGAAAUCCUGUGGCGCUGUCAUGUUCCUGUGAUGCAGGAGGAAGAGAGGGGGUAAUUGGGAUAGUUUGGGAUUAUUCCCGUAAUAGAUGUCAAUUGGGCUCUAGUGAGCCAAUGGGGAUCUUUACUCGCCAUUGUGUUUUCAAUUCCUUUCAUCGUUCAAUUGAUAUCCCUCCUCUGACAUGGCUAAAUGGCCUCUAUUGUAGAUGAAGUCAAGUCAGUGCCUCAAAGGAUAGUUCUCUGCAGUUAGUUUCCAGAAUGGAUAACAUAGAUCAUGAACUGAGACUAUGUCGACCCGAAAUGAGCAUGCUUUGAGUUGUAUAGGCUUUCAGCUAUUUUGUUCAAGCUAUUUUGUUCACUUUGCACCCAGGCCUAAACAAAAACCCUUCUAAUAACCUCUCCUCUCACACUCUAUCCAGCACCUGCUCCAGUGGGAUGCGGGGGACCCGGAGUGCCUGCUGCAGCUGGUGAAGGAGCUGAUCCAGCAGUACCAUCAGUACCAGUGCCAGCGUCUGCGCGAGAGCUCCCGGCUGCUCUUUGAGUAUGACAGCCUACUGGAGGACCCAAACUACGGCCGCAGCAUGGAGAUCUACGCCGGCCACAAGAACAGCUGGGUACGCUACAUGAUACAGCCAUGAUACGGCCACGUCACAGGGCAUAGUUACAUCCACCCAGAGUUGUGCCUAGUAUGUCAAAAUUGUCAAAAUUGGUGACGUGAAAUGAAAAUAAUAACUUGUUUAAAUAAAUUCUAAAAAAUAAAUAACGGAAUAGUGGUGCAUGCAUAUGUAUUCACCACCUUUGCUAUGAAGCCCCUAAAUAAGAUCUGGUGCAACAAAUUACCUUCAGAAGUCACAUAAUUAGUUAAAUUGGACACAGGUGGACUUUAUUUAAGUGUCUCAUGAUCUGUCACAUGAUCUCAGUAUAUAUACACCUGUUCUGAAAGGCCCCAGAGUCUGCAACACCACUAAGCAAGGGGCACCACCAAGCAAGCGGCACCAUGAAGACCAAGGAGCUAUCCAAACAGGUCAGGGACAAAGUUGUGGAGAAGUACAGAUCAGGGUUGGGUUAUAAAAAUGUAUCUAAAACUUUGAACAUCCCACGGAGCACCAUUAAAUCCAUUAUUAAAAAAUUGAAAGAAUAUGGCACCACAACAAACCUGCCAAGAGAGGGCCGCCCACCAAAACUCACGGACCAGGCAAGGAGAGCAUUAAUCAGAGAGGCAACAAAGAGACCAAAUAUAACCCUGAAGGAGCUGCAAAGUUCCACAGCGGAGAUUGGAGUAUAUGUCCAUAGGACCACUUUAAGCCAUACACUCCACUGAGCUGGGCUUUACGGAAGAGUGGCUAGAAAAAAGCCAUUGCUUUAAGCAAAAAAUAAGCAAAAAUGUUUGGUGUUCGCCAAAAGCCAUGUGGGAGACUCCCCAAACAUAUGGAAGAAGGUACUCUGGUCAGAUGAGACAAAAAUUUAGCUUUUUGGCCAUCAAGGAAAACACUAUGUAUGGCGCAAACCCAACACCUCUCAUCACCCGAGAACACCCUCCCCACAGUGAAGCAUGGUGGUGGCAGCAUCAUGCUGUGGGGAUGUUUUUCAUCGGCAGGAACUGGGAAACUGGUCAGAAUUGAAGGAAUGAUGGAUGGCGCUAAAUACAGGGAAAUUAUUGAGGGAAACCUGUUUCAGUCUUCCAGAGAUUUAAGACUGGGAUGGAGGUUCACCUUCCAGCAGGACAAUGACCCUAAGCAUACUGCUAAAGCAAAACUUGAGUGGUUUAAGGGGAAACAUUUAAAUGUAUUGUAAUGGCCUAGUCAAAGCCCAGACCUCAAUCCAAUGGAUAAUAUGUGGUGUGGUUUAAAGAUUGCUGUACACCAGCAGAACCCAUCCAACUUGAACUUGAUAGAGACAUACCCCAAGAUACUAUUUUUAGUGAUCCAAUUGACAUUUUAGUAAUUUAGAAGACGCUCUUAUCCAGAGCGAUUUACAAUUAGUGAGUGCAUGCAUUUUUCAUACUGGCCCCCCGUGGGAAGAAGACUUGCAGCUGUAAUUGCUGCAAAUGGUGGCUCUACAAAGUAUUGACUUUGGGGGGGUGAAUAGUUAUGCACGCUUAAGUUUUCUGUUUUUUUGUCUUAUUUCUUGUUUGUUUCACCCCCAAUUUUUUUUUGCAUCUUCAAAGUGGUAGGCAUGUUGUGUAAAUCAAAUGAAACAAACCCCCCAAAAAAUAUAUUUUAAUUCCAGGUUGUAAGGCAACAAAAUAGGAAAAAUGCCAAGGGGGGUGAAUACUUUCGCAAGCCGCUGUACGCCACCAGUUCAGCUGGCUACAGGGAUAAUAAAAGAACAGCAGCGAGGUGAAUGUCGCUGUCACUGAACCGCCAUGUGAAAUGGCGGAUUAUGCUAGGUCAGGAUGUGGCACCCCAAGCAUGUUCCAGAGCAAGGACGUAUGUACAGUGGGGGAAAAAAGUAUUUAGUCAGCCACCAAUUGUGCAAGUUCUCCCACUUAAAAAGAUGAGAGAGGCCUGUAAUUUUCAUCAUAGGUACAUGUCAACUUUGACAGACAAAAUGAGAAAAAGAAAUCCAGAAAAUCACAUUGUAGGAUUUUUUAUGAAUUUAUUUGCAAAUUAUGGUGGAAAUUAAGUAUUUGGUCAAUAACAAAAGUUUCUCAAUACUUUGUUAUAUACACUUUGUUGGCAAUGACACAGGUCAAAUGUUUUCUGUAAGUCUUCACAAGGUUUUCACACACUGUUGCUGGUAUUUUGGCCCAUUCCUCCAUGCAGAUCUCCUCUAGAGCAGUGAUGUUUUGGGGCUGUCGCUGGGCAACACGGACUUUCAACUCCCUCCAAAGAUUUUCUAUGGGGUUGAGAUCUGGAGACUGGCUAGGCCACUCCAGGACCUUGAAAUGCUUCUUACGAAGCCACUCCUUCGUUGCCCGGGAGGUGUGUUUGGGAUCAUUGUCAUGCUAAAAGACCCAGCCACGUUUCAUCUUCAAUGCCCUUGCUGAUGGAAGGAGGUUUUCACUCAAAAUCUCACGAUACAUGACCCCAUUCAUUCUUUCCUUUACACGGAUCAGUCGUCCUGGUCCCUUUGCAGAAAAACAGCCCCAAAGCAUGAAGUUUCCACCCCCAUGCUUCACAGUAGGUAUGGUGUUCUUUGGAUGCAACUCAGCAUUCUUUGUCCUCCAAACACAACGAGUUGAGUUUUUACCAAAAAGUUAUCUUUUGGUUUCAUCUGACCAUAUGACAUUCUCCCAAACUUCAGACGGGCCUGGACAUGUACUGGCUUAAGCAGGGGGACACGUCUGGCAAUGCAGGAUUUGAGUCCCUGGCGGAGUAGUGUGUUACUGAUGGUAGGCUUUGUUACUUUGGUCCCAGCUCUCUGCAGGUCAUUCACUAGGUCCCCCCGUGUGGUUCUGGGAUUUUUGCUCACCGUUCUUGUGAUCAUUUUGACCCCACGGGGUGAGAUCUUGCGUGGAGCCCCAGAUCGAGGGAGAAUAUAAGUGGUCUUGUAUGUCUUCCAUUUCCUAAUAAUUGCUCCCACAGUUGAUUUCUUCAAACCAAGAUGCUUACCUAUUGCAGAUUCAGUCUUCCCAGCCUGGUGCAGGUCUACAAUUUUGUUUCUGGUGUCCUUUGACAGCUCUUUGGUCUUGGCCAUAGUGGAGUUUGGAGUGUGACUGUUUGAGGUUGUGGACAGGUGUCUUUUAUACUGAUAACAAGUUCAAACAGGUGCCAUUAAUACAGGUAACGAGUGGAGGACAGAGGAGCCUCUUAAAAAGAAGUUACAGGUCUGUGAGAGCCAGAAAUCUUGCUUGUUUGUAGGUGACCAAAUACUUAUUUUCCACCAUAAUUUGCAAAUAAAUUCAUUAAAAAUCCUACAAUGUGAUUUUCUGGAUUUUUUAUCCUCAAUUUGUCUGUCAUAGUUGACGUGUACCUAUGAUGAAAAUGACAGGUCUCUCUCAUCUUUAUAAGUGGGAGAACUUGCACAAUUGGUGGCUGACUAAAUACUUUUUUUCCCCACUGUAUAUGUCUGUGUAUACUCUGUGUGCGUGUGUGUCGAGACACACCCAUAUUGCACAACUAACUAACCUACUACUUUUAUGGAAUAGAAUGUGUUGUACAUGUGCCUUGAUGAACAACAAAAAAAAUAUGCAAAAGGUUGCACAACUAGGAGGAUUUUUAGGAACUUUUGAAUGUGUACAUGUGAAAGUUCUGUCUUUGCAGAUGUGGUUAGGGUUGGUGUGGUCUGUGGGGUAACAGACAAUGAUAUGUUUAAGACGGCUUUAUUGUUCUACAUCUCUUAAAUCCUUUAGUCGUAUAUUUGUUAAUCUGAUUUAUUUAUACAUUUUAACAUAAUUUUAAUUGGAGAAGUUGUUAGACAUACUCCGAACUUUUGCGACUACUAAGGAUUUUUUAAACCUCUCGCUUUGGGCUGGAUGUGUUGAUGUGUAGUUCAUACAUGCAUAAUCUCUGAGCAGAAUUACUGUUUUACCUCAAUUAGCCACAAAAUACCUAGUUUGAAAGCUAUGCUGCGCCAUUUUCCCCCAUGUGGGCCAGCCCCUUAGCAAUUUGAGUUUGAAGUGAGCCAAUGAGCUUCAGCCCCUCACCAUUUGAGUGACAGCUAGACAGAUGCACACAUAGCAGACCGAGAGAGAGUAAUGACGUGGUGCACGUAUGCAAUUUUCGGGGACCAUUUUUUGCUUGUGAGUGCUACUUUCAGAACUACUGCCUAAAAAGUAUAUAUUUCAAAGCAUUUAUAAUUCCUCAAGUGUUUCUAGACUGUAGUAAAUAUUCAAAGGCUAAAUUACUCAAAUCCAAUUAAUCUUUUAGAUUUAGCUAGUCAGCAAAUUAACCACAUUGAACAUCCAUAGCUCCCUAAAAUCAGGAAAUAAAUACCUCUCAUUUGUCUAAAAAUUGCCCCAUUAAGACAUAUACAUGAGAUGUAUUCAAACAGGUUCUAAAAUCUCAUUUGCAAUUCACUCAUCUUUAGCCAUCCCUAAUCAUUCCCAUGCAGUGUGCCUGUGUUGUUUCAAUAUGACCUGUGUUCUCCAUCCGUACACGGUGUGAUGUUAUUUUCCUUGCCUCUCGUGUUCCAGACAGGGGAGUUCUCCGCUCGCUUCCUGCUCAAGCUCCCUGUGGACUUCAGCAACAUCCCCGUCUAUCUCCUCAAGGUAACCAACAUACCCCCUUCAUACAUGUGCUCACACACACACGCGCAAAGGAAUAUGCAUGCGUGCGUGCAAAGGCAAACUUUCACUGUAUGCCUUUAAGCAUGCAGCACAGCAUAUAUACAGGGCUAGAACGAUCUGUGUGUUGGAUUUUGUGUGUGUCUUCUCAAUCUGUAUGUUUCUAUUCAAUAUGUGUGUGUUCACUGUGUGCGCAGCCCCGUACACAUACAGCCACUGGUAGCCGGGGCUGUGAGUUGACUAAUCAGCAGCCCGUCACUUCCUAUCAGCUUUGAGCUGCGUGGUGUCUGCAGGCUGCGCAGACCAAGCUCUCUCUCCCUCCCUUCAUCUCUCUCUCUCUCUCUCUCUCUCUCUCUCUCUCUCCCCCUCUCUCUCUCUCUCUCUCUCUCUCUCUCUCUCUCUCUCUCUCCUCUCUCCCCCCCCCCCCCCCCCCCCCUCUCCGUCUUUUCACUGCGUGUGGUUGUGCAGCUAGGCCUCGGGAGGCCCAAGCUCGCUGGCCUUUUCCAGCCCGCGACGUGUUUGUGAGAGGAAAUGAUGGUAAACAUAAGGAAAACAGCAGCAGUCAUCAGCAUCACAGGCCUUUCAUCCCUCAUGUCUCUCAGCACUGAAACGCACCAAUUUCUUUGGACAGAGUUAGUGGACUAUCUUAUCCUUUCAAACAUUGACGAAAACCCGCCAAAUUUAGCAUUCCACCAACUUUUUUGGGACUUUUCUUUAUAUCUGAAAGGUAUUGCCGGCGACAAAGCCUGUACUUUACUUUCAUUUCUGCAAUUAUAAUUGCGGUAAUGUAUUUAGGAUAGCUAUGUCAAUCUAGCAAGCCAGGCAACUAAAAGCAAGUUUCUAGACAACGUUUUGGUUUGAUGCUAGCGUGUUAGCUAGCUACACUUUCUAGCUGGCUAGCCAACUCACAAUUACCAGAACAUACAGUACCAGUCAAAAGUUUGGACACACCUAUUCAUUCAAGUGUUUUUCUUUAUUUUUAGUAUUUUCGACAUUGUAGAAUAAUAGUGAAGACAUCAAAACUAUGAAAUAACACGUAUGGAAUCAUGUAGUAACCAAAUAUUUUAUAUUUGAGAUACUUCAAAUAGCCAUCCUUUGCCUUGAUGACAGCUUUGCACACGCUUGGCAUUCUCUCAACCAGCGUCACCUGGAAUGCUUUUCCAACAGUCUUGAAGGAGUUCCCACAUAUGCUUAGCACUUGUUGGCUGCUUUUCCUUCACUCUGCCGUCCGACUCAUCCCAAACCAUCUCAAUUGGGUUGAGGUCGGGGGAUUGUGGAGGCCAGGUCAUCUGAUGCAGCACUCCAUCACUGUCCUUCUUGGUAAAAUAGCCCUUAAACAGCCUGGAGGUGUGUUGGGUCAUUGUCCUGUUGAAAAACAAAUGAUAGUCCCACUAAGCCCAAACCAUAGUCCCACUAAGCCCAAACCAGAUGGAUGGCGUAUCGCUGCAGAAUGCUGUGGUAGCCAUGCUGGUUAAGUGUGCCUUGAAUUCUAAAUAAAUCACAGACAGUGUCACCAGCAAAGCACCCCCACACUAUAACACCUCCUCCUCCAUUCUUUACGGUGGGAACUACGCAUGCAGCGAUCAUCUGUUCACCCACACCGCGUCUCACAAAGACACAGCGGUUGGAACCAAAAAUCUCCAAUUUGGACUCCAGACCAAAGGACAAAUUUCCACCGGUCUAAUGUCCAUUGCUCGUGUUUCUUGGCCCAAGCAGGUCUAUUCUUCUUAUUGGUGUACUUCAGUAGUGGUUCCUUUCCAGCAAUUCAACCAUGAAGUCCUGAUUCACACAGUCCCCACUGAACAGUUGAUGUUGAGAUGUGUCUGUGACUUGAACUCUGAAGCAUUUAUUUUGGCUGCAAUUUCUGAGGCUGGUAACUCUAAUGAACUUAUCCUCUGCAGCAGAGGUAACUCUGGGUCUUCCUUUCCUGUGGUGGUCCUCAUGAGAGCCAGUUUUCAUCAUAGCGCUUGAUGGUUUUUGAGACUGCACUUGAAGACUUUCAAAGUUCUUGAAAUGUUCCGGAUUGACUGACCUUAAUUUCUUAAAGUAAUGAUGGACUGUUGUUUCUCUUUGCUUAUUUGAGCUGUUCUUGCCAUAAUAUGGACUUGGUCUUUUACCAAAUAGGGCUAUCUUCUGUAUACCACCCCUACCUUGUCACAAUACAACUGAUUGGCUCAAACGCAUUAAGAAGGAAAGAAAUUCCACAAAUUAACUUUUAACAAGGCACACCUGUUAAUUGAAAUGCAUUCCAGGUGACUGACUACCUCAUGAAGCUGGUUGAGAGAAUGCCAAGAGUGUGCAAAGCUGUCAUCAAGGCAAAGGGUGGCUACUUUGAAGAGUCUUUGGUUACUACAUGAUUCCAUAUGUGUUAUUUCAUAGUUUUAAUGUCUUCACUAUUAUUCUACAAUGUAGAAAAUAGUAAAAAAUAAAGAAAAACCCUUGAAUGAGUAGGUGUGUCCAAACUUUUGACUGUUACUGUGUAUAUACACUGCUCAAAAAUAUAAAGGGAACACUAAAAUAACACAUCCUAGAUCUGAAUGAAAUAAUCUUAUUAAAUACUUUUUUCUUUACAUAGUUGAAUGUGCUGACAACAAAAUCUCACAACAAUUAUCAAUGUCAUUCAAAUUUAUCAACCCAUGGAGGUCUGGAUUUGGAGUCACCCUCAAAAUUAUAGUGGAAAACCACACUACAGGCUGAUCCAACUUUGAUGUAAUGUCCUUAAAACAAGUCAAAAUGAGGCUCAGUAGUGUGUGUGGCCUCCACGUGCCUGUAUGACCUCCCUACAACGCCUGGGCAUGCUCCUGAUGAGGUGGCGGAUGGUCUCCUGAGGGAUCUUCUCCCAGACCUGGACUAAAGCAUCCGCCAACUCCUGGACAGUCUGUGGUGCAACAUGCCAUUGGUGGAUGGAUGUCCCAGAUGUGCUCAAUUGGAUUCAGGUCUGGGGAACGGGCGGGCCAGUCCAUAGCAUCAAUGCCUUCCUCUUGCAGGAACUGCUGACACACUCCAGCCACAUGAGGUCUAGCAUUGUCUUGGAUUAGGAGGAACCCAGGGCCAACCGCACCAGCAUAUGGUCUCACAAGGGGUCUGAGGAUCUCAUCUCGGUACCUAAUGGCAGUCAGGCUACCUCUGGCGAGUACAUGGAGGGCUGUGCGGCCCCCCAAAGAAAUGCCACCCCACACCAUGACUGACCCACCGCCAAACCGGUCAUGCUGGAGGAUGUUGCAGGCAGCAGAACGUUCUCCACGGCGUCUCCAGACUCUGUCACGUCUGUCACGUGCUCAGUGUGAACCUGCUUUCAUCUGUGAAGAGCACAGGGCGCCAGUGGCGAAUUUGCCAAUCUUGGUGUUCUCUGGCAAAUGCCAAACGUCCUGCACGGUGUUGGGCUGUAAGCACAACCCCCACCUGUGGACGUCGGGCCCUCAUACCACCCUCAUGGAGUCUGUUUCUGACCGUUUGAGCAGACUCAUGCACAUUUGUGGCCUGCUGGAGGUCAUUUUGCAGGGCUCUGGCAGUGCUCCUCCUGCUCUUCCUUGCACAAAGGCGGCGGUAGCAAUCCUGCUGCUGGGUUGUUGCCCUCCUACGGCCUCCUCCACGUCUCUUGAUGUACUGGCCUGUCUCCUGGUAGCGCCUCCAUGCUCUGGACACUACGCUGACAGACACAGCAAACCUUCUUGCCACAGCUCGCAUUGAUGUGCCAUCCUGGAUGAGCUGCACUACCUGAGCCACUUGUGUGGGUUGUAGACUCCGUUUCAUGCUACCACUAGAGUGAAAGCACCGCCAUCAUUCAAAAGUGACCAAAACAUCAGCCAGGAAGCAUAGGAACUGAGAAGUGGUCUGUGGUCACCACCUGCAAAACCAGUCCUUUAUUGGGGGUGUCUUGCUAAUUGCCUAUAAUUUCCACCUGUUGUCUAUUCCAUUUGCACAACAGCAUGUGAAAUGUAUUGUCAAUCAGUGUUGCUUCCUAAGUGGACAGUUUGAUUUCACAGAAGUGUGAUUGACUUGGAGUUACAUUGUGUUGUUUAAGUGUUCCCUUUAAUUUUUUUGAGCAGUGUGUAUGUAUAUGUAUAUAUAUAUAUAUAUUGUUUUUAUCAGGGAGUCAUACUGAGACCAAGGUCUCUUUUACAGAUGAGCCCUGAAUUACAGAAAUUAUAGAAAAUACACACAUCAAAAUGCAAGCAGAAAGAAAGAAAGAAAGAAAGAAAGAAAGAAAGAAAGACACUGUCAUAAAAAACAUUCGUCAGACACCUGAGCGUCCCACACACUAAGGAGAAAUCCUUAUAUGUUUUAUAAGGCUACUGCAGGUAGCCUAUAUGCAGCCAAGACAGAAAGAUAAACGGGGUCAGAGACCCACUAAAGCAGCAUCGCGCCCUCAAGAGUCUGAGCCUGCCUGGCAGAGUUGGUCCAAUAAAGCCAAAGCUCCCGGAUGGAUGAGCAUAAUAUACAAGGAAUUUCUCAAAGCUUCUAAUGAGAACCUUGAUGACCUUGUACCUAGCCGGUGGGGUACCCCCACCCAGGUAGUGGCAGUGCUGGCAACACUGGCUGCAGUAACCCAUUGGGAGGGGGUCACACUCUGACAAUCAGAGAGGGGGCAAAUUAUUGUGGCCCUGUUGGCACAAAAUAAUCAAAAAGUCUGACUGCACAGAGAGGCUUGGGAAAAUGGUCACAACGGGGGACCAGUGUGUGUGUGUGUGUUUCAGGGUAGGGGGGUGUGUCUGAGAGCCAUCAGUUAGGACUUGACAUUGGUUAAUCAAAUCUCCCAAUUCUUGCUCAAUUUUCUGUGCCUUCUCAUCAAGUCUUCUCUUUAGUUGGGCACGGGGAUGGAAUAAAUGUUGAACAGCUGAGCUUGUGGUUGUUUGUGGGGAGUAUGAAUCACAAUAAUUGUUUGCCAAAAUAAUGAUUGUUUGCCAAAAAUUUCAUUUUUGUAAUGCCAUUCCUGGUUAUAGGUAACAAUCCUUUGUAUGAACUUCCAACAUUAUUACGCAUAUUAUUCGUUAAUUGUGGGAAUAAAUUAAGAUAUGCAUGAUUUAUUUAUCUGUAUGUAUAUAUACACAGUGGGGAAAUAAAAGUAUUUAGUCAGCCACAAAUUGUGCAAGUUCUCCCACUUAAAAAGAUGAGAGAGGCCUGUAAUUUUCAUCAUAGGUACACGUCAACUAUGACAGACAAAAUUAGAAGAAAAAAAAUCCAGAAAAUCACAUUGUAGGAUUUUUAAUGAAUUUAUUUGCAAAUUAUGGUGGAAAAUAAGUAUUUGGUCAAUAACAAAAGUUUCUCAAUACUUUGUUAUAUACCCUUUGUUGGCAAUGACACAGGUCAAACGUUUUCUGUAAGUCUUCACAAGGUUUUCACACACUGUUGCUGGUAUUUUGGCCCAUUCCUCCAUGCAGAUCUCCUCUAGAGCAGUGAUGUUUUGGGGCUGUCGCUGGGCAACACGGACUUUCAACUCCCUCCAAAGAUUUUCUAUGGGGUUGAGAUCUGGAGACUGGCUAGGCCACUCCAGGACCUUGAAAUGCUUCUUACGAAGGCACUCCUUCGUUGCCCGGGUGGUGUGUUUGAGAUCAUUGUCAUGCUGAAAGACCCAGCCACGUUUCAUCUUCAAUGCCCUUGCUGAUGGAAGGAGGUUUUCACUCAAAAUCUCACGAUACAUGGCCCCAUUCAUUCUUUCCUUUACACAGAUCAGUCGUCCUGGUCCCUUUGCAGAAAAACAGCCCCAAAGCAUGAUGUUUCCACCCCCAUGCUUCACAGUAGCUAUGGUGUUCUUUGGAUGCAACUCAGCAUUCUUUGUCCUCCAAACACGACGAGUUGAGUUUUUACCAAAAAGUUAUAUUUUGAUUUCAUCUGACCAUAUGACAUUCUCCCAAUCCUCUUCUGGAUCAUCCAAAUGCACUCUAGCAAACUUCAGACGGGCCUGGACAUGUACUGGCUUAAGCAGGGGGACACGUCUGGCACUGCAGGAUUUGAGUCCCUGGCGGCGUAGUGUGUUACUGAUGGUAGGCUUUGUUACUUUGGUCCCAGCUCUCUGCAGGUCAUUCACUAGUUCCCCCCGUGUGGUUCUGGGAUUUUUGCUCACCGUUCUUGUGAUCAUUUUGACCCCACGGGGUGAGAUCUUAGUAGAUUCUCAGUAGCUCAGCUGGUAGAGCACGGCGCUUGUAACGCCAAGGUAGUGGGUUCGAUCCCCGGGACCACCCAUACACAAAAAAAAAAGUAUGCACGCAUGACUGUAAGUCGCUUUGGAUAAAAGCGUCUGCUAAAUGGCAUAUUAAAAUUAAAUUAUUAAAUCUUGCGUGGAGCCCCAGAUCGAGGGAGAUUAUCAGUGGUCUUGUAUGUCUUCCAUUUCCUAAUAAUUGCUCCCACAGUUGAUUUCUUCAAACCAAGCUGCUUACCUAUUGCAGAUUCAGUCUUCCCAGCCUUGUGCAGGUCUACAAUUUUGUUUCUGGUGUCCUUUGACAGCUCUUUGGUCUUGGCCAUAGUGGAGUUUGGAGUGUGACUAUUUGAGGUUGUGGACAGGUGUAUUUUAUACUGAUAACAAGUUCAAACAGGUGCCAUUAAUACAGGUAACGAGUGGAGGACAGAGGAGCCUCUUAAAGAAGAAGUUACAGGUCUGUGAGAGCCAGAAAUCUUGCUUGUUUGUAGGUGACCAAAUACUUAUUUUCCACCAUAAUUUAAAGCACCUGUACUACCAAUACUGUACCUCAAUUCCACCUUUCACGAAGUUUGCAUUUCACCAGCUUCUCAUUUCACUUCUCAAAGUAUUGCUAUACAGGACUUCGCUGCUGUCGCUUGCCUUUCCAUUUUUCCAACUGUUAACAACGAUGACGUGCAGAGCGCUUUAUAUCUGUGGCAAAUAAUUUUAAAGAUGCAUAUCUCCUACUAACAUUACAGCAUUGUUGCGUUAGGUAUUUAAUUUGAAAUGUUCCCUUUAUGAUGAUGAUCGGGACCUGUUAGUGGUAGUUUUGUGAUAACUGCACUGUGAUUUUAAUUUUGUUAAAAUAUAACAACAACAAAAAUGUUUUAACAUUAACAAUACCAAUUUUGUUUAAAUGUUUUAACGUUUAAACGUUCACACUACUACUUAUAAACACACAAAGACACACACACACACACAGUUGUUACAUCUGAUCGCCCAGGCCCUUCAGACCUUGUCAUUUUCAAGAAGGAUAUGCAGCGUUUUCAAGGGACCACAGGAAGAAUCAGGAAGAGCAUCCACAUAGAGAUGGGAAGUGUUGAAAAUGCACCUCGUCCGCCCACGCAUCCCAAAGGAACGGGGCUUUGGUAGUUGCGCCUCACGAGCACAGAACAGGCUCGGAGCGGAAAUGUACCGCAGACCAACGGCCUGAUUUCUCAGGCGACAGAUGCUUUGGAAUUGUUUAAAUUAAAUAACUGUUAAUUUGCCAAGCAAGCCACUGCAGCUUUGUACAGUGUAACAAUGGGACAUCUUACAGAUACCUCCAUGUAUUUAUUACUCACUUAGGAAAAAACUUUUCUGCAUUCAGUUGGUAUGAAAUUCUUAAUUGUCCAUAACAUAAAUAGUUAUUGAAAAGCAGAAUUGUGAUGACAAGAUUGUCAGUUGAAUACCUUGUGGGCAAGGUUGUUCAUGCUUACUUGUCGCUUUAGCUUGGAUUUCUUCAAUGCAUUAUCCAAGUGCAUUAAUGGAAAGUCUAUGCAGUGCCAGUUGGCAUAAGGUGUCAAUGUAGCAGCUGAACAAGGAUACAUUAACUGCUGCAUCAGAAUGUCUUGAAUCAUGAUAUUCACCAUUUGAGAAACUACCAUUUAAAGUGGUAUUAAAAAAACUGCUUAGUUGGGAAGUUUAAAAUAAUAUUGUUAAGACACAUUUGUGUCACUCAUUUGCGUUUACACAGGCAGCCCAAUUCUGAUAUUUUGUCCACUAAUUGGUCUUCACUAUCACAUCAGAUCUUAUCACAUCAGAUCUUUUUCAGAGGUGAUCUGAUCUGUCAAAAGACAGAUUAGUGAAAAUAAUUCUGAAUUGAGCUGCCUGUCUAAACACAGCCUCAAAGGCUCUCUGUGUGCUACAUUUAAAAGUGUUUGCAUUAGUGCAAAGAUGACAGCUGUAGAGAAUAAAAGGUCCAAUCAUGAGAAAUGCAUUUUACAACCUUGGUGAAAUCCAUCCCUAUUUACAUUUUGUGGGGAGCACCAGAAAGGAUAUGGAUCCUAUCCAUUCUUUAUUCUACGCUAUUACAAGACUCCAAAGAAAUACCCCCUCCCUUUCCCAAACCCUGUCUGCAAGUCUCGACUCCUCCGAAAAUGAGUCCUGUUCAACCCAGCACACCAUAGAUAGUCGGGUUUCCCCCCGAACACGACAAGAGAAAUCAACCGUCAAAAUCUCAGGGGUCACCGCUAGAUGAUAUUCUGACUAGAGGGUGAGUCAUUUGGGCAGGUGGAGCAAGUUAGACGUUUAACCCCGAUUUGGGUUACCCUUUCCACAGAGGGUAAAAAAUAAAAAAAACACUAUGGGUUUUAUAUGAAGUAGAUAUUUGCGGUGAAGGUUGGUCAGACCUACUUUGUACUGGCGUGUUGCCGGUGGGAGCAGAGUGGUGUAGGACAACUGUAACCCAGAGCGAAGUGUCUGUGUGGUCUGAGCUCCACUACAGUGGACAUGUUUACCUUCCUGUUUCGGCUGCCCAGCCUCAGGGAGUGGGGAGUGCUAUUUUUUUUUAUGGGGGCAGCCUGGCGUAGUCCAACAGAAGAUGAAGAGAGGGAGCGCCGGGGUAGUACAAAGACAGACGUUGUUGGUGGUCUUCCUCUGAUCUCUGGGCACCAUUUUGAAUCAGAGUGACAGGACAGCCCUGGAUUGUACCAUGAUGACUGUGCUCGUGCCCUCUACAGUUCCGUUAUGACCUCUGCCUGCCAGAUUUGACUCUGCAAUUAUUCUUUGGGCCUGUACAUACAGAGGCGUAUGCAGUACAAUAGUCCAUGUAUACUGUAUGCAUCCGUGGCACAGCAAAUUCUUGUCCACACAUCCUUAGUGUCUGUGUUUUAGUGGUAAAUAUACCAUACAUCUUUCUGCUAAUUAGCGCUGUGACCUUUUGUUGCACAGUGACAUCUAUAGGGUCGAUGCGGUUAACACAAGGCUGUGCUGCCAUCUUCCCUGACUAUCUAUCUUUCUAUGCCACUCUAGCAGUGUGCACAGGGGCGUGUUGCCUCUAAAUGUCACAUCAGCCAGCCUUCCAAGCCAUCAGUGUGGAGAGACGGUGUGUUCGUGACCGAGCCCUUUGCUCACGCUUGGCUUGAGCCGUGUUCCCCCCGCAAGCGCUGA